CCGGCAGAUGCCGCUCUAGGCCCAGCAGCGGAGAGCGUGCUCGGUGGCCGCCAGGUGGCGCCUGCGCUCUCCAUUCGCUCUCCUGCCGCCGAGCUGCGAACACCCCAAACAAUCCCCAGCGCCGCCGCCACCGCCAAAUUAAAUAAUCCGCCCGUUUCGCUCCCUUCAAACCCCCCCUCCCACAACGCCCCGCUCGAGGGCCCCCCUUCUCGGCCUUCCUACUAGGCCCCACUUUCCACCCCCCCUCCCCCGCUGCGGGGGCCUUUGAAGGUAAGGGGUCGACCUGACCCGAGUUGUUUGGCCUUGGAAGUGAGAGCGAGGGAGGGAAAGCAGAGAGGAGAGAAGCGAACUGCAAUAAUUACUUGGAAGAGGAGAGCGAGCGAGAGAGAGGACGGGGGGGGGGGGGGAAGGCGCGCAGGGCCCGAGGAGCCCCGUCACAGCCAGGCCUGCCGGGUGAGGUAAGUUCGACCGUGGCGUAGAAGCUUCUGGAAGUUUAUUUUUCUGAGGAGGGAAAAUUUCGAGGGGGGAAGUUGUUUGUUUGAAAUCAAAUCGCCGCGAGGGGAGGGGCGCGCGCGUGUGUUUGCGGGGUUUUGUUUUUUGUUUUUAAAAUGAUUAUUUAUUUUUUGAGCGGCGGCGGAGGGGGGGGGUGUACGGAGAAGGAGGCAGCGGGCGGUGGUGGGGGGGAGGAAGGAAAGAAAGGGAAGCGGCCAGCGGCAACAACAACAACGAGGGUGACGGCGGUGUUGUGUAAUAUAUAUAGAUAGAUAUCUGGAAAUAUCGGUGUCCCUAUCCAUCUUUCUUUGAAUAUGGAAUGUAGGGCAGGCCUCGGAACAGCUCGAGUCUGAGGGGAAACUCGCAAGCGCAGGCAAGAUGGAGGACGCGGGGCCGAGCGAGCGAGGAGGGAGGAGGAGAUGGUGGGGGAAGAAGGCGAAGGAGCCCCACAGACGCUGCCUGCCCUCCCGCCUCCCCUCAUUCGCUCGCCCCUUUUCCCGGCGCUCCCUUGGACGCGGCGGCGGGAGGGAGCAAGCCUGAAGACGGAAAUAACCCCCCUAAUUUUUUUUUUUUAAAAAAAUACAAAUUGCACCAGUCUUAAAAUUGCUGUUUUUCUUCUCUUUCUUUGACUCCAUUCCCCCCUUCUCCAACCAACCUCCUUUCAACCGGAGAGGAAAAAGGCCUAGCCCGCCUCCUUCGGGCGCAAAAAAAAUGGAGACUCGCCCCUAUCCGUUCCUCUGUGCCCCCCUCUUCCCCGGGAAAAAAAAAAAACCGAUCCAGGGGUUAUUGUGAGGGAUGGGGAGGCUGCUAGGGUAGGUAAGAAGGAGAGGAUGCGAGCCUGUGUUGUCUACUAUUAAGAGCUACGGCUGGCAAGAUGGAGGAUUUCCAGCAGAUUAUUUUUGGAGGGGAUGGAAAGGGGUGUGUAGUGUGUGUGUGUGUUAGAAAAGGGCACUUCGUUGGAUAUGUUGGGGUUUUUUUAAUAAAAAAAAACACACCACCACCACAACAACAGCACAAAUGCCUAAGCUCUUAACGUUGUGAACCGCCCUAAGAUCUGCGCAUGAAGGGCGGUAUACACAUCGUAACAAAUAAUAAUGAUGAUGAUUCGCUCAACUCCCCAAGCCGGGAGAAGGCGAGUCGGACUUCUCGGAUCUCCGUGGGAGGAAGCUACGGGGGCGCUUGUAAGACACGCUUGGUGGCAGAGAAAUCAGGAAGGGUGUUUUAAAAACGAUUAGUGGUGUUUCUGCCUUCCGAUCCUUCUCUACCCCCCCAGCACCCCCGUUCCCCUCCCACACCCUCCUCCACUUCAAAGCGAUGAGAAUGAAAAUGACAUACGUUUUAUUAUUUUUUAAAUUGCUUUGCAUAUUGGGGAAUUAAAAACUUGCGAGCGGGCGUAUGCCUCAAGCUGGACGGAAAACCCUCAACUUUUCUUGUCCUCCUGUGACUUUGGCAGAGGGACAGUAUAUCAUGGGAAAGGGAUGUACUGGGAGGAGUGAACACUCCUGUCUUUCUCUCUGUUCGGGCAGGAACUUUUGCGGGAGUUGUUUCUCCACACCGAUAAUGAUUUUUAAAGUGAGCUGUUGGGAAAUCGUGGGAUUUGCUUCUUGCCCACUUCCAUCUCGACGCAUUUUGAAAUUGUGAGGAAUGUACAGCUCGGUGUCCUGAACAUGUUAACGUAGAAGGAAUUUGCACUGUGUUCAGACAGCCUUUACUCACCAGUAAAAACCCCAAGGAUUGUAACCUUAGACAUGUCGUUUCCCACCCCCACCCCGGCCUUUUAUGUUUUAUGGUGGCCGCUUUGAACUGUUAUUGGUGGUGGUGGGGGAACCAAACCCCUGUUCAAAGUGACUUUUUGGUGUGCUUGUGCUGCUGGAAACCCCGCUGGGUCGCUGCCGGGUGGGAGGGGAGGAAGAGGCGGAAGGAGGCUGUUUAAUAGCUUUGGGGUUUUUUUUUUAAUUUUGGCGCCACUUUUGUUUUAGAUACAGUACUCGCUUGUCGCUCUUUUCCCGUUCUCUCCACACUCUUAGAAAUUGAGCUGAUUACUCUCCAGGUAUGAACUGGUCCCACUUUCUUUGACGUAAACCUAUCCUUCCGUCGGCGGAUCUGGUAUUUUUGUAUUUUGGGUGUUUGUGUGUGUGUUUGUGUGCGUGUCCGUCCGUCCCUGAAAAUAGGGCGGCGGCGAAACGACCCAAAGUGGGUGAAACCUUGUGAGAUUCUUCCCACUCCCGAUUUUUGGUGGUGUGCGGUGUCUAGCGUGAACUUGCUGCCCUUGGAUUUUGAAAUGUGUUAGUUUUACCGCCUGCUUUUUCCAUUUUCUGUUGACUUGUUAAGCUCCGUUUUGAACCUCUUUGUGUCCACUUUCAGCACAUGUAUGUAUAUAUGGGGCAGGGUAUUGAUCAACUUGCCAGUCGGCCUAAGCAACUGGGGGUCUCCCCGGGCGCUGCUGCCCUCGAGGCUUUCCACACCGCGGCUUGUAGCCCUUAUUCGGUAGUUCCCUUCCUGCGGUGAGGGAGGAGGUGCUUUUGGCUGCCACACCCCAUGUUUGUUUCAUUCUAGCCGAGGCUCGGCUCGGCUCGUCCCCUUUCCCCAUGGAGAUGCCGGCUUAGCUCCGUUCUCUCGACGCCGACGGGUUAAGAGGAGGAAACCUGCCGAACAAAAUUAUCUGUUAUUGUCGUCCUCCUCCUCUUAGGGAAGGAGGGUAGUUUUCUUUUUUUCUCAGCAUCAUGGGGGAGGGCGGGGAGUCGGGUUACCGAAGUGCGUCACACACAGUCCUUGUUGAUGGGGCCUACUCCGCAGCCGACUUGUGCUCCGCUGUUCGCAGAAAUCACCCCCGCCCACCCUCUCCCUGCAUUCUCGCUUUCGUCAGCCUCGCUAGAAGACACCGAAUCUUCUAUUCUUGGCAAGUGGGUUUAAGUGCACUUGAGGAAAGGCUGGAUUUGUAAACAUCUGAACACGCGUGUGUUUCUGAAUGCAAAUCAUUUGAGUUUGUGGACAGAGUAGUGCAUGAUUUAAGACCUCCCUGAAAGUGCUAAGGCCUACUCCCUGAAAGUGCGCUGUAGAAAGAGAGGUAUUUCAAUCCACACCUUGGGGCUGCCAUCAGAAACAUCGUCUGGAGUCUUGCAGAUACAGCAUCUGCCCUGAAUUUCAACCAAAGCUUGCGCCUCUGCUUAAGGACACAACAGAAGCUUUGUAAGUUAAGAUUGUUCUCAGUAGUGUACGAUGCUUAUAGAUUUGGGGUGUUUUGCAGUGGAGAUAUAAUACUUUCCACGUGGUGUCUCUUCAACAUGGGGUAUUAUAUUUUGGAAUAAAAGGACACUGCGCUCUGCAGUGCAUUGUUUACAAACAGCCUAAAGUUUCUCAGCAAGCUAGGAGGUGAUGGUCAGUAUUUUUACUACCAUAGAUUAAUAAUGUUUCAUGGUUUCAUAACCUAGAGCCUGUCUUAGCCCAACCUCAAAAGGUGACCCACUUUUAAGAUUAUACUGUAUUCUUUUCAUUUUCUCCUCUUUGGCUCUCUCUUCCAACUCAAUUCCUUGCCAUUCCUUUCUUAUUUCCUUGUCUUAAUCCUGCCUUUCACCCUGGGGUCUCAAAGUGGGCUACAGCAAUUGAAACACAAUAUUAAAAAUAGUUCAAAACAACUUAAAAUCAUAAAUUGCUGCUGCCCCCUCAAUUCACAUUCAGUUGGAUAUGAUCUACAUGUGUCACUAGCCUAUUUUAUGACUGCUCCCUUACCACCUCAAAGCAGGGACAUUUUUGACAUUAUGUAACACUUGGGCCGAACUGUGGUGUCAGAUAUGUUUGUACAAAGUGCUGAAAAGUUAUUAACAGCUCUGUAAUCAUGGAGUGCUUAGUAUUUAGUUGCUAUUUUGUGAGUAAAAACAACUAAGAGUCUGGUUGGUACCUUAUUGUGGCAUUAGCUUUUCUGAACCAGAGCUUGCCUUUACUGUAUAAGAGAUCUGGCAAAGUGAGAUUUAGUCCACAAAAGCUUGUUGUUAUUGUUGUUUAGUUGUUUAGUCGUAUCCGACUCUUUGUGACCCCAUGGACCAGAGCACGCCAGGCACUUCUGUCUUCCCGCAAAAGCUUAUGCCACAAUAAAUGGGUUAGUCUGUAGAGUGCCACUAUAUUCUUAGUUGCUCCUAGUGGAACAGAUGUAACGUGGCUACCCUUUCGAGUUUUGUGAGACAAAACUGUAGGGUGCCAAUAGGUUGAUCAAACCACUGGCAUUUUUCUGAGUUUGGGGGUUGUGGAAGAACAGUUUCUUGAUAGUUUUUCUAGUUUCCAUGGCUCUUGCUUUAGAACUUGGAUAGGCAAAUAUAUACAUUCCUGAGACAGAUUUUCUCUGGUGCACCCCAGGAGCAAUUCAAAACAGUCCUAUGCUGAGUAGGAAAGGUUAGGGUGCAUUGUAUAUUCCAAUGCACUGAACUGGCCUUGAAUUAGUAUAAAAAACUUAUAGCAGCCAAAGCUCUCUUGGCAUAAAUUAAGGUGAUAGAAGUUACACUGGUGUAGAGGGCAAAAAGGGUGUGUGUCAAGAAUGGGAAAUGGGUUUGCUGGAGUGGAGAGAGGAAUAAACAAAGUAAUGCUGAUCCUAGCUGAUUUCACUAGCAGAACUCUGCGUAAGAUACACCACUAAAACUGCAGGUAAAACUAAAAUCAUCCCAUAAGAGUCAACCAAAGGGCAGAAAAUAACAUUUGAUGCUUCCCACCCCACACAGCCUGGCACCACAUACCCUGCCUGAAGCAGCUAGAAUGUAGCUUACAUUGCCAUAUGAGCAUCUUGGCUGUGAGUCUGGAAGACCUGCUCCCUGUCUUUGUAACCCUUUCCUACUUUGCCUGGGUGGGCAGUGCCCUGACGGACUCUAGCUACAAAAGCUGAGGUGGCUGAGUAGACUCUUGUGUUGGGGGAUUGCUUGUGGGAUUUUGUUACUGUUGUUGAUAUAAUUUUUUGGUAUCAUCAUUUUAAAAUCUCAUUAUUUAUGUGGAACUUUCUCAAUUUGGUUAUAUACUUCUUGAUAUGCUUUAUUUAUUUCUGACUAUUGUUAUGUCUGUAAUUUUGAAAUUCUUUUUCUAUUGUCAGGCACUUUCAGCAUAGUUUUAUCUAUGGAAAGGGAACAUUCAAAUAAAAUGAUGAUCGGCUUGCUUAGGAUUACUUUGCUCAAGACCACCACUUCCCUGAUACCACAUUCUUCUGUCAGUCCCCCCCCCCCUUUCCAUACACACAAGAUCACCCUCCCCGGACCUGGAGGCUGAUGAUGUCAAAUUUAUGCUCAAAUUUGUCAAAUGCUUCUGACUAUGAACUUUAUAACAGUUGGUGCACACUCAGUACAUUACUGUCCUUUUGUUUCUCAUAAUAAAGUGGUACCUUGUGUUACAGAUGCUUCAGGUUACAGACGCUUCAGGUUGCAGGUUAAGAACUUUGCUUCAGGAUGAGAACAGAAAUCGUGCAGUGGCAGCGGGAGGCCCCAUUAGCUAAAGUGGUACCUCAGCCUAAGAACAGUUUCAGGUUAAGAACGGACCUCCAGAACGAAUUAAGUUCUUAACCCGAGGUACCAUAUAUAGUUGUCCUGAUGGAAGAUAAUGUCUGAUAGCCUCAAUUCCUGUGCAAUUCUGCUGAAUUUUCAGGAAAAUACACCCUAUACAUUUGUUGCCAGAUCACAUAUUUACCAUGUGCUGAACGUGUGUGAAGGGAAAUGUAUUUUUCAUGUGUGAGAAGUAAAGUAUAGCGUUUGAUGGUUUACUUGGCAAUGUGAGUUUUUGAGACGUUAGUGAAUAGCUCAAAGUCAUGUGGAUAGGUGUUUGAACCAGGUCUCCCUGGUCUAAGACCAGCACUCUAAUUACUAUCCAAUACUGUACAGUACUGGCUUUUCAUAUUAGUUGUGUUUGCAAGCGGGGUGGGGGUGGGGAGUUGCUGAUUCAGCCAGUGGGCAUUCCCGAUAGAGUAGAAUGGUUGAAGGUUGGUAAUGUUGUACAGUGCCAUUCCAGGUUAUGAAAAGUUGAAAUGAUUACUCACAUGGUUGUGAGUCUGUUCUGAUUUGAACACACGGGCAGUUGCAUUCAUCUAUAAAAAAUAAAGUCAGUUUUUUGCUCAAGCAGUUUUUGGUGGUGGGCACCAUCUUAGGGCACACACAGAUUGUAUAGAAAUGCCUUCCUCAGAUAAUAUGCUUAGCUGAAGCUGUGUUUCUGGAACUGUGAUAUUCUGUGUCUCAAAACAAUGCUAUUAUAUAUAGCAAUAUAAAUUGUUGAUUUUGUGUACCCUUUAUCUUGCACCACUCAAGUUGUCAUGUGAAAAAGAACUCAUUUGACUAAAAUAAUAAUCUGAAUUUGUUUUAAACAAACAGCUAUGGCGAAACUAGCCACAUGUUUCUGUCUGUCUUGAUCCUCCCAAGGUAGUGGUUUAUUACUGAUCCCAGCAGCUGUUUGAGUCCAGGGAAGGAUUUAAAAAAAUACAUAUUUCAAUGUUAGUUUAUUUGCCAUCGUGCAGUUAACCACUACAUUCAGGCACUAAUCCAGGGAUUGCACAGCCACUCCUGAUUUCAGGUGCUAUGAAGAAAUAAUCUGUAUAUCGUUGGUGUACUUAUGACAACUCUCAUCAGCCAAGGCAGACUUAUCACAACCACUUUUACACCACUUAUGGACCAAUAUUACCAUGAGAAAGGAUUGUUUUAAAAUUAUUUCAAGCUAUGUGGUAGUGUUCUAAUUCCUUACUCAUUUGCUUAUUCAGUGCUUGUUGCUCUAUAGCCCCUAUUAAGCUCUGCAACUAUCAAAGAGGAGGCUUAUUUCUGCCCAUCUUUCCCCAAGAACCAGUAAUUCUGCACUGACUAUUUGCACUAUCCCAAAUAGUCUGUUAAUGCAACCAAGCACAAUAUACACAGAGGAGACAUAAAAAUGGGGAAAGAAGGAGCAUAACAGCAAUAUGCUGUUAGAGAAAUUAUGUGUUAUCUCUCAGGGCACAGCAAUGAUAGGAAGAAAUAAUGGGAAGAAAAAAAGGGGGGAAUAAAUGAGCAGUUCUGUAUUUGAGUUAGUUUGGGUGGAUAGUGAGAUUGUAUAUGUGAAGUGUAUUCUCCCCCCACCCCAUUUUUAGGGGUGUUUUCAAUACUUUUAGCUGUUUGGGAUAUAUAAUUGUGUUCCUCUUUCUACGAAAAUUUUACCCAUCCCAGUUUAAGGUAAACUAUUGUAUAGUAAAGCAGAACACAGCAAAUGCAUUAAGCCAUUUUCAGGUAGUUUUCUUAAACUGUAUGUGUGCUUUAGGGCAAGAGUAGACAAGCGUUUGCCCUCCAGAUGUUCAUGCACUUCAGCCUGGUUCACACAUCACAUUAAGCCAUAGCUUAUUAUACAUAUCACUUACUGUGAACAAACAAAGGGGGAAGGGGCAAACUUUGGAAGUUGCCCUGAGCUCCUUAGAGGAAAGGCAUAAUGCACAUUGGAGGCAACUAAAUUAAAUUCGCUAAAAUAUUGACAUAAAUCUAGCUAAACAUUUCUAUAAUCAGCAUACUUUGGUGCUCUGUCUUCCUUCCAAAAUCACCCCCCCCCAACAACAUCAUCACCUCAGCCACCUCAACCUAGCUAGGGGCACCAUGGUAGAAGUAGGCUUCCAUAACCAUUUACCUAACUGAAUGGGGAAUCAUAGACAGAAACAACAACCAUACACACCUUCCUUUAGAUGAUCCAACAAUCAGAAAUGAGCACAAAUGGGCUUCUAGGAAUGUUAAAAUUCUGCAGAUCACCUGUAAGGAAAAGGAGUGGGCUGCAAGAUAAAGUGCUUGCUCACUUUCCCCCCAAAUAGCAGUUUAGCAGGAUUUUAAAAGGUAAAGGACCCCUGACAGUUAAGUCCAGUCGCGAAUAACUCUGGAGUUGCGGCACUCAUCUCACUUUACUGGCCGAGGGAGCCGAUGUUUGUCUGCAGGCAGUUUUUCCGGGUCAUGUGGCCAGCAUGACUAAGCUGCUUCUGGCGAAACCAGAGAAGUGCACAGAAACACCGUUUACCUUCCUGCCGGAGCAGUACCUAUUUAUCUAUUUGCACUUUGAUGUGCUUUCGAACUGCUAGGUUGGCAGGAGCUGGGACUGAGCAACGGGAGCUCACCCCGUCACGGGGAUUCGAACCGAUCGGCAAGCCGUAGGCUCAGUGGUUUAGACCACAGCACCAUCUGUGUCCCACAGCACAGGAUUUUAGCUGCUUUCAAAUAGUUCUGUACGUUCAGCCCUGGCUGCUCCACUCCGUUGGAUCAGUAUUUCUAUCUUUUGCCUCUCAGUGUCUUAAGUUCUAGUGCAACAGGAAGCCAUGUGUUCUGCACACCUUUUUUUUAUCAGUUGAGAUCAUAAAUUUGCUUGCUGUCCAUUAGUUGUAAGGACGAGAUGGCAAGGGGAAGCUGUGCAAAUUGGCUACAACAAAUUGGCUAUAGAAAUCAUGAUAAUAAGUAUCAGCUUAAUUUUCUUCAAGUUAAAUAAGAUCUUCUAUCAGCAUACACAUAUUUCUUGAGAGCCACAAGCAUGGAUUUUCAAGGCAAGUCUCUGCUAUGCAUACAAUUAAAUUGGACGUAUAUUUCAUAGUAGCAAUUCCUGCUUGGAUGUUUCUAACUCUCAAAUAGCAUAGAUAGUGGCUACCAGAUGCCAGCCUAAACAGAACAAUUUUAUGUUUUUGAAAGUCAAUAUCUGUUUCGACAAACCUUAUAGAAAAUACAGUGGUGCCUCGCAAGACGAAAUUAAUCCGUUCCACGAGUCACGGCUAUUAGCGGCUUAGCGGCUAUUAACGGCUUAGCGGCUUUAAGAAAAAGGAAACAAACUCGCAAGACGUUUCGUCUUGCGAAGCAAGCCCAAAGGGAAAUUCGUCUUGCGGAACGACUCAAAAAACGGAAAACCCUUUCGUCUAGCGAGUUUUUCGUCUUGCGAGGCAUUUGUCUUGCGGGGCACCACUGUAAGUUACAAAAUUGUAGGGUAGCUAUCAGGAAAACCUGUUUGUUGAACUUAAAUAUAGUACAGAGACAGCAUUGAUGUGAGAAACUGUUGCUUCAGUUCAUGUCACAGGUACAGUUUUUCUGAUUAAUGAUGAUAUAGCUUUACCAAGGACAGUUUCCCAUAUAUCUCCAAUCAGGUCACAGUGUGAAAUGGAAGUGGAAUACAUGAGUCUUGAGCCAGAAAAAUGACUCAACAAGUGGAAGGUAGAAAUAAAGAAAAGCUAGUAACAACGGACAGUGAAGUACUGUACAUGGGUAGCCAGCGUACUUCCCAUCAACCCCUGCCAGCAUGGCCAUUGGUCAAGGAUGGUGACAGUUUUAGUCAAAUGGCUACAGAUAGUUCAACAUUUAACCUUCAUAAAAGCCCCAAUAACUGUUCCAAAAUAUUUAUGCUUGAACGUUAAGGAAGGUCCUGUAGGGGCAAAGCUAUCCUGUUACUCUAGAUUUUGGAUAGUGCUACAUGCAAGAUGAGGAUUAGUGUUCCUAGGUGGCAAAAAAAGAGAGAAGCACUGGAUAGCAUAAUCCAAGAUCUUGGUUCAUUCCUGCCACUAAUUAAGUCCACAGUGGAUCCUGAACCAUAGAGGUCUGGUAAAGGGAAGAUCUGCAGGAUGGGCUAUUAAACUAGUAUGAGAACAUCAGUAGCUCAGAACAAGUAAUGUGAGAGGCACAACUUGUAUAUAUAGAAUAAAUAUUUCUUGAUAAGACAGUGUCUAAUCAGAGGAACAAGGAGGCUUAACAUAGGUAUACAAAAAACUGCCUAUAUCAUUUCAGUGCAUUAGUUCACUAGCUCAGGAUAGGAGUCUUUCCCAACCCCACCUGGAAAUGCCAGGCAUUGAACCUGGGACCUGCAUACAAAGCAUGUGUUCUGCCAUUAAAUUGUGAUCCUUCCUCAUCUUACGCUUUACUGUUGCAUGCUGCAGACUGUCUUUGCCUCAGCCAGUCAUCCCCUGAUCCUUGAUUGAACAACAUGACAUGAAAAUGGAGCUAUCAAUGUCUAUUAGUUAUGGUGCGUAUAUGACGCUCCCAGGUUCAGAGUUCAUAUGUUCCUAUAUAACAGUACUGCCUGUAAAAGAAUAACAGUGGGAGAUGUUUAUUAUCCUCGUGUUGUGCUUGAAGGCAUCUGGUUGGCCAUUGUGGAAAAUAGGAUAUUGGAUUAAAUAGGCCUAUGGCCUAAUCCAGCAGAGCUCUUAAGUUUUUAUGGCUGAAACCAUGGCCCUUGACAGUGAAAUGGAGUGGUAGCAUUCUCAGAGGAAUGCAGAAACCAAGCCAUUUAAGCUCCCUCCAAACAGAAAGAAUAUAGAUAUAUUAUGGUGAACAAAAUCCAAAAUUUCCGUAUUAAGCUAACCAAAGUAAGACAAAAUAGCAUUCCAAGUUGUUGAAUAGCACUUCUGGCCAGAUGAUAAACAAAGGGGCUGGGGAUGGAAUCAACUGUUACACCCAACACCAUGAGUAUGUUCCAUCUUAAGAGCUGUAAGACCAGAUGUGUGAGAAAAUAGACUUUUAAAUAAAGCUCUUUUCAAUGCAAUGCAGGUGUGAGGCUGUACCAGCUCCAUAUUCCUCAACUCCAGAUAUAUAAAAACUUUCUUUUAUUCAGAUCUGCCUCAAUCCUUAAGCAAAGCACUCACUUCCCUUGAUAGAUAAUAUAAAUUAAGAGAAUCUAGGCUGCCAUAAUGGUAACAGAAUUCAGAAUUAAUUUUAGGAGGUAUUCUAAGCAAAAAAGUCAAUAGAGGCCAGAUUCAGUAAUUUUACCUAGCAGUUGAAAGAACAUGUUUAUUCAGAGAAUAACCCCCCCCCCCAAUCUUAGAUGAUAUAAAUAUUCCUACUGUUUAGGUUUUCACUGUUGAACAGCUAAAUUUGAUCUUUUCCAGGUUUACCAUCAAGAUGAUAAAAGUUCUAAAUAAGUCAAAAGCUUAAGGUUUUGAUUAACUAGAACAUGUACAGCUCUAAUUUGGAUUUUUCAUUAUGGCCAACAAUGCCAUCUUCACUUACUUGUGAGUGGCAGACAUUUAAGUCCCAUUUACUGUGAUGCCAACAAAUAAAGGUUGAAAUCUUUCCCCAAUGCUAUGCUUUUAAAUAAGGCGAGAGGAAGUUUAGUAUAAAAUCGAACAUUUUCUAGCACUCUUUACUAAAGAACUGAAUAAAAAUCUAUAUCAAUAUAAAAUUUAACAUUUGUUUGAGACAAACAGAGUUUGUGCAGAGUUAUUCCCAUUUCUUCGUCAUUUGUCUAGAACUUCUUUAUACAGUAACUGAGGAAGAAAGAUCAGUCACAGCAUGUUAUCAGUGCAUCUCUGCCAAUGUACUGCUGCAACAAAUAACUAAAGUGACACAAGUAAUUCACAAAGCUGUACAUGAUGCUACCUCUUGGGUGUAAUUAAUGCAUCUCUGUGUUAACUGGAGCAUAGAGAUAGAGGUUUCCUUUCUUCCAAGUUCUUUGAAGUUGUGCUGUCCUUUGUGCAGUACAGUCUUUCCCAAAACCUUGGCUGUACUGUGUACUCCUAGAAUUACAGGAAAAUACUACAGAAGCACAAAGGGAUUUACAUUUCUACACUUUCUCUUUCUGACCAUCUCCAAUUGGAGACCACUUCUUUCCUGAAGCCCCAACUCUGCUGGAUGUGUUAACUUCUGGUCCUCUAAGACCCCAUUGCUCUUUGGCAAUUUUAAGUAAAAGCUACCCAUUAGGUUAAAAGAAAUACAUAUAAUGCUGACUGAGGUUGAUGGGAUUUGCGAGUCCAGCACCUUCAGGAUACUGUGUUGACUGCCACUGGCUUAGACCAACCCUUACUUACAUAAAGUUGAAUUUAAGAAUUGCAUUUUAAUGCAUUUCCAGCCUUGCUCAGUAGGUCCACAAACGUUUUUAGUUAACAGUGACGACAGCGGCAGCAGCAGCAGCAGCAGCAACAAUAACAAAUACUAGCUGGAGACUGGCAGAGGAGGGAAGAAGAGAUUAUUAUCUUCUCCAGCAGUCUGCUGAAACCAAGGGGGCAGCCCACUUGGUUUCUGGGGUGGGUGCAGAGGACAGAUGGAGUAGUCCAUCCCUCUUCCAGCAGACCUCUCAAAGUCACCAGCAUGUUGUUCUUUGUCACCUAUGAUUACAAGGUUAUGCAUGAUCAUGGCUUAAAAUUCAAAACGUAAUAAAUGCUACUGUUUUGUGCUUCAACACAUUAUAUUUUCAGUUAGCAAUAUUAAUGCUUUCUUAUGUAGAAAAUGCAAAAUGUCAUGUAAUGAGGUGUGUGCAAAAACAUAUCUUCCGGAGUUUAUCAUCUGAAGAAGAAAAAAUUGUAAUUCUUAGCUUCAUAAUAUCAGCAUACAUCUAGGAACUCUUUAAGUUGUAUGUCAUAAGAAUACUUGCAGUAUAGAGUAAUAAUCAUCAGUUAUUUAACUAUCAGUUAUUUGGAUGUAGUAUAUCAUCCAGAAAGGUGAACCUUUGCAUACUGUGCCAAGUUCACAAAAUCAGAGUAUUAGCUGCACACCUUAGACAAGCUUUUGUUUUAUGAAUUUACUAAAUAUGCAAGCACAAUUGGUAAAGACUUUUUAUAUAUUUUUGUUGGAAUUAUUCUAACUAUAAUAAGAAACCAAGAGGAAAAUACCUUUAUCAAAGACUGGGACUAUCUGUAUUUGUGGACACAUAUAAGUUCUCUAUCAGGAUUAGUUUAAAGUCAAGCAAUUAAAAUUAAUGUGAAAGGAAAACUAGGGAUUAAUUAAUAAUUAGAAUAAAAGGAUAACAAAGCAGUGUUAUGAACUAUACAAAUAUAUGAAACAGCAAAAGGGGUGAGGGGAAGUCAAAAUAUACAUGUUUAUUGGGAAAAUAUUGGAUUUGUAUUUCUAGAAAAUGUUUCAAAAACUGAAAAAUAAAAUUUAUAUAAUUUUACAGAAAGAACAGCAAAAAUAGAAAGAAGUUCAUUUCAAAUUAAAGUAUUACUGUAUAGUUAAAAUUUGACAAAAGACUAACAGUAAAAUAGCAAAAAUCAAAGGAGUUCAUGCUUAUGGUACCAUUUGUACUGAAGGUUAUGUUUGGAAAAGGAAGAACCAAUAACCACCACUGUGAAUUCCUUCUUCACUCCCAAGCAGUCCACAAAAUUCAGACCCGUGCAGGUAUCCACAAUGCACUCAUUAGCUCAACAAAAGCAAUUACUCCUGGCAAUCUGUCACAUAGCACACAGAUUUCCUCUCCAGAGCUCCCUUUUGUUCUGUAGUUUAGGUCUUGAGAAACAACAGAAACUCUUCCAAACAGUGGGAUAUAUUUCUGCUGGUUCUUACCUUCUCCAUACAUCAGUACAGUGGAAAUACUCUUGCUGCCCCUCUGCAUGUAUCAUAUAACUAUGGGAAGGAAGAUGGCCAUAAAUAAUGGCUGACUAGUAAGCCAAGCAAAAAUAUGUAGUCUACAGGGACUGAACACAUGGUUUUCCUCCCAUAAGUUUUCCUUUAGAUACCCAUAUUCAUGCAAACUCUGGGUGAAGACUGACUUUGUAUAGGAAAAGAAAAACUGAAAUGCCUACUGAGCAUCAUUUGCUCCUCCUUUAAUAUAUGUAACAUCCAAGUACUGUAGUUAACAAGGUUCUCCAGAUCUGGUUGCCAGCAACUUAAUGCUCAGUCAGUAUCUCCACAAAAACAUCAAUAUUAAGAUUUAUCUAGCACAGCUUUGUCUUCCAAUAUCAUCCAACCAGAAAGCCCAGAGAAGUUGACAAGAACAUGAUAAUAAAGUUAACUUACCACCACCAUCCUGUAUAAUCAUUUAUUGUGAUGGAGGAUGUGCUUACAUUGGUCAUUAUAUUAUUCUGCCAUCUCCCAUCAGCCCUAGCCAGCGUGACCAGUUGACACACAUGACAGACCACCAACAUAUGGAGGGCACCACAUUAGCUAUUCAUACACUAGUGGAAGAGAACUGCAAGCAGACAACCCAUAUGUGAAAGGGUCAGAGGAAUUACGAGGUGUAGAGAUUGGACCAGGAGUCACAUUGUUUAGCUGCCGUACUUGCUACUGUAUCAAGCAAUAAAAUUUGUUGGUAAGAUGUAGCUGUGUGAAUAUGUCUGUAAGAUAACAUGGAACCUUAUCAUGCGGAGCUACCAUCUGCAAGCUCCAAAUUGCAGCUCUCACUUCCACCCCCACCUGGCAUUUGAUUUGUACCUAUGAUGGAAAUAUUUAAGAAAAGUGAAUACAUUUUUAUUUGGGCAUUUGGAUCCCAAAGGAUUUUUUUCUAUGUGUAUGGUUCUAGAAUACGUUAUAAACACUGCUGAAUAUUGAAUGUUAUUGUAUUUGUUGGUUUUAAAAUGACGUUUUACUUAUCUUCUAAGUCGCUCUGUGCACUAUAUUGGAGAAAGGGUCUAAUGGAAACAUUUAAAAAUUAUAUAAAAAAUAAUAUCAUACUGGAUAAGUCAGAUAAGGUACACUAAUGAAUCGUUCAUGCUAGCCCCAUGUACUAGAGUAUAUUGUUCCUGUUUCCAGCUGGCAAACUGUUAGAGAGGCUUAAGCACAUAGCUGUCAACUUUUCCCUUUUCUUGCAAGGAAUCCUAUUCGAAAUAAGGGAAUUUCCCUUUUAAAAAGGGAAAAGUUGACAGCUAUGCUUAAGCUCUGGCGGUACUUCAGAAGGAAUAAUGACAUGACACUGUACCAGUUCAGGGUGAACAGGUGCAAGACCAAGAAGUCAUUUUCAGCUUGACAGUCAGCCUAGAGAAGCCCAAGAUCUUUGUGGGCUGGAAUAUAAAAAUCCAUCUGUGACAACUGAGGGAAACUUACAGUCAGGGAAGAAGCAAUAAACAGCAUCCAAGCACAGUCAUAAAAAAGUGCUGAGUAAAUAGGAAGUCUCUGAGUGGAUUUAGCACAACCAUUAGACAGAUUGCCACUCCGGUUCCAUGUAACAAUGCUGCUGAAGAUUUGAAACAAGAACCUACACCCCCAGCCUAUGUAUUAGGCAUACAUUGUUGGCUUAAGGACCAUGAGAAGGGAGGGAAUAUUUGAGUGCAGCUUGUCUUUCCCUUCACUAUCAGAGAACCCAACACCAGGUCCUUCCCUUCAGUUAGGUUAAACCUAUUAAUUUUGACCAGGCCAAUCGUCCAUAAACUUUGGGGACCUUGGGUCUUGGGAAAGGGCAAGGCCAGAAUAAAGCUGAUCAUCCCAAAUGCUGCUAAAUGAAUAGAAUGUUGUGGUUGUUUAGUCGUGUCUGACUCUUCAUGACCCCAUGGACCAGAGCAUGCCAGACACUCCUGUCUUCCACUGCCUCCCGCAGUUUGGUCAGACUCAUGUUUGUAGCUUCGAGAACACUGUCCAACCAUCUCGUCCUCUGUCGGCCCCUUCUCCUUGUGCCCUCAAUCUUUCCCAACAUCAGGGUCUUUUCCAGGGAGUCUUCUCUUCUCAUGAGGUGGCCAAAGUAUUGGAGCCUCAGCUUCACGAUCUGUCCUUCCAGUGAGCACUCAGGGCUCAGUAAAUAACAAGAAUUGCACAAUACUACCUGAGCAUACUCAGCUGCCUUCAGGAGCCACAAAAAUAUUGAGAUCCAAUUGGAGAAGAGAGGUAAAAAUGUGUCCCUUGCAGCUUACAGAAUCCUGGAGGGCACGGCUGACUUGUUGGAAGAGGAGAAUACCUGUUAGAAUAAGGAUACAUUACAAAAUUUAGUUACAGGUCCCACUUGCCAGUGCCUUAAGUCUACUUCUUUAUUUUGAAGAGCCCAUUCAUCUCAGCCAGUUGAUGCAAAUCACAAACUUUAACUACUGACUGUAACAGUCCGUAACUCUUUCUAGUGUAGCAGUAAAAAUGCAGUCAAGUUUGGUUGCUGUCAAUUUUCGUAGACUGAGUAUUUGGGGACUUUUGUCUCAGUAGAGAACGCUUGAGUUAAUAAAUUGGUUCUUUUAACUGCCCAUCAGCUUGCUAUAUCUUCACUUACUAUAAUGCCAGUUUUUGCCUUCUAGGCUAGUGUUGAUUAGAAUAUUUCCCAUGUCUGAUCUGUUUUAAGGUGACACAGUCAGAAUGACCAGCAUUUUAAAUGAGAAGGCAGUGCAGUGAUAAGACUUGGGAAACCAGGCUUUAAAUUUCCACUCAGCUGUGAAGCUCACCAAGUGACCCUGGGCCACUUACAGCGUCACAGCAUAACCUACCUUACAGGGGUGUAGUUGAAAUUAAAUGAGAUGGGGAUGGGAACCAUGUAUGCAACCUUGGGUUGCUUGGAGAAAAGGUGUGAUAUAAAUGCAAAAACAAACAACACAUCUAACUGAGAUAAAACUCUUCUGGUCAUAUAAUUAAUUUGCUCAUACCUAACUUCCCCCCUCCCCCUCCCCUUCAUUCAAUGGGUGAAUUUCCUACAUGGCAGCUUAAGAGAGAAGUUACCUUACAGCAAAAUGAAAUAAUUUCUUUCUUGUAUCAAUCAGUCAGUAAAGCUCUACUGCUGGGGAAUUGUUCUUUAAAGCUUUGUAUUUGGUAAAGAAAGUUGCAGAGAAAUUGUUCAAAUCAUUGGGGUUAAGUCCGGGGGGCACAGAAAGGGUUGGCAGUGUAGUAAAAGCAAGGCACAAUCUAUAGUGCAUGUGUAUAACAUCUGGAGGUUCUUGUGUUUGCACACAGUACACGUGCCUGGAUUGCUGAGUACACAUUUAAUUGAGUAAACAAGUGGCCUUGCUUGCACAUGAAUGGAUGUCUGGAUUUAUCCCUUGUACUCUGUACUGCACUUUAAGCUAGUGUAAGUUAAAAAGGUAAAGGGACCCCUGACAAUUAAGUCGAGUCGUGAAUGUCUCGGGUUGCGGCGCUCAUCUCACUUUACAGGCCGAGGGAGCAGGUGUUUGUCUGCUUCCGCAGACAGUUUUUCCGGGUCAUGUGGCCAGCAUGACUAAGCUGCUUCUGGUGAAACCAGAGCAGCACACGGAAACGCCAUUUUCCUUCCCACCUACCCCUAUUCAAAACUUUUUGGGACAUUAAAGCUUGAUAGCCUACCCUUGUAUUUAAGAAGUAGCCAAGUAGCCACAUGUGAUCAAGAAUUCCACACAGGUGUGUAAGCAAGCUAGCAGAAGACAAAUGAAGUGAACAAUCUCUUUGUAACAAGCACAGAAAUGCAAUUCUAAAUCCCUCCUUGUCAGCACUAAGCCAGGCUAGUAACUUCUCACAGCUUAUUUACAAGGCUGUGUUAGAUCUACAAUUCAUCUCAAAACUAAAUCAAUGCCUGCUGCUAAAGACAUAUAAAAGAGGCUUUGCUAUGCAAAUGAAAAACCAAUCUGAACAUUUCCUAAAUAGGAAUAUUUACAUGCCACCUACAAAACAUAGGCAUUUCAUGUUUUACCUGAUGAAAGUAAAUUGCUGCAGUAUGUCCAAUAACAACCAUCCCUGUUUUGAACUAUUGGUCAUGGGCACUUCAUUUUGGUUUGCUACUAUUUUUGUGAGAGUGGGACUGUAUUAAAUGAAGCAGAAGGAAACGCUUGAAGGAAGAAUGGAAGAUAGAAUUUUGCAGUGCACGUGUUCCUGUAUUCCCAUACUUAGGCUUCAGACCUGUAUAUAAAUGCUGGUUUUAAGUCCUAUGGAAUUUAUUAGAUGGGCUCUAGUGUGAUAGUGACUGGGUGGGUUCUGUACCCUUCACUAACAUUGUUCUCAAUUAUGUCAGCUACUUUGUGGAAUAAUCGGUGGUGGCAGAUUUUUUUUUGGUGGGCUGUUGUUGUUUGCAUAAUGUGUUUGGGAAAAGAGGGAUGUAGGUGAUGCCACCACAAUUUCACUGAUCAUGGGUAGAAGGAGAUACAUCCAUGGUGAGGUGACAGGUUACCAUGCAAGUUGGAGAUGGGGCUAUUUACUCUUUCUUUCUCACCCCAUCUCUUCCAGUGUUGGGUUGCUGGUUACUCAUCAUCUGUGCCUGCUGUUUAAUGCUAGAUCAGUACAGAAUAAAACCACAUUUAUCCAUGAUUUGAUCAUGGAUGAGGUGGGUAGUUGAGUUGGGAAGAGUUGAUCUUGUCCAGCUGUGCCCACCUGGAUACUUGGUGCAGCAUCAGCACAGGCUGCAGUAUGGGAAUGAGGAGCUGCUGUGUUCCAUAUAAUGUCCAUUUCCAGGAAAACCCUCAGUUUCAGAGCUGUUGGUGUAUCAUCCACCCUGCUGCCCAGUAUCUUUUCUGACCGAGCUGGCAAAGAUGGUCUUGCGUGCGAUGUUAGAAUAACCCAGAAUUACAGUGCUGAGGCAGCCCCAUGCCAACUAUGGGUCUGUCUCAAGUUGGUCCAGCACACAGGGCAGAGGACACCCUAGUUUGCAUUUUUGCUCCAGAUGGAGGAAGGGAUGGUCUGGGGAUGGUGGAUGCCACCCUGCUAUCAUAGUUAGAUCACUUCAUGGUAAACUUUGGACUUAUAGCUCCAAUCUUCCCACUCAGGAUGGUGGACAGAUUGAGAUGAUCUGUCUUGGGAGACUAAUGGAGUCCAAUGGAUUCCUGAAUGCUCUGGAGGAAUUUCUCAUAGAUAGAGCAGGUGAUCCUGUUGCAGCCCUUGUCAUGCUGUGGAACACCAAGACUUGUUGGGCUCUUGACACAGUUGCCCCUAAGUAUGCUCUCAGGCAUUGUUGAACCCACCAUGCACCUUAGUGAAACAGGCUGAAUGAUGGCUAGAGCACAAGUGGAGAAAGAUGUGUUGUGAAGUCAGCCUAGCACAAGUGAAACAAUGGGACCAUGCCUACUGUGUGACUGUGAGAGUGACAAAGGUUUCCUAUGAAUAAUUAGAUACUGUGCUAAUAUAAGUGCUGCUAACUGUUGCCAUUUGUGUACAGAUGUACACAUUUUCCACUUUAAGGGGGAGGGGGAAAAUUAUAUGUACAACUGGUUCAAUCCCUCAUAGUGUAAAAAAUGCUGUCCAGCUUCUGCUUUGUGUAGGUUGCAGGCUUACACACAUCAACCUCUGAAACCUUUCCUUCUCCCAUAUGAAUUGUCAUGGUUUCCUUGUCAUAACCAUAACACAGCUAUAACCCUGAAUUGGAUUUUUAACCAUAAUUGUUUGCAAACCUCCAUUAAGGUUGAUCCCAGCUAGUAAUGCUGUACCAGGAAGAUCAGUAUCUUGAGUGCAGGUAGCUUAAAUCUUGGUAUGAACCUGACAGAACCCAGGUGGGACAGUACCAUUGUGCCUUCCAUGUGAUGACCACAAAGAAAACUUAUUUCUCUGCCACCAUUGUGGCAGCAAGUAGCUGUCUGGUAGAGCUUUUCUGAGUGUUGAAUGGGCCUUUGUCACCUGGCCAAGAGAUCAUUGUUCUUGCACCCUUGAGGUCUACAGUGACAACUUUGUGAGGCACGUUGUUUCCUAUGCUAUUUAACAUCUAUAUGAAGCCACUGGAAGCUGUUGCCAGGAGAUUUGGAGCAAGGUGUCAUCAGUACAAAGGUGACACUCAGCCGUGUCUCUCUGUUCCAUAUGAAUUAGGAGAAGCAGUUGAGGCACUUGGAGCUGAUGAUGAGCUGGAUGUGGGUCAAUAAAUUGAAGCUGAAUAGACAAGAUAUGUAAUGUAUUUAGGAGGUGGGGAGAUGGCCUGUCCUGGAUGGGGUUGCCCUCCCCUGGAAGGAACAGACUCAUAGUUUGGGGGUUCUGCUGACCUGCAAUAGGACAUUCUCUGUGGCAGCCCCUAACAUAUAGAACUCCCUGUCUACAGAAGUGUGUCCAGCAACUUUAGUAUAUCGUUUUCAGUGACCUCUUUAUUCUGGCUUUUGACACCAGAGAUGCAUAUUUUUAUGACACACCCUAUUUUUGUGAUUAUAUGUAGUUUCAACUGUUUAUAAUGUUGUGUUUAUUAUUGUUGUAACCCACCCUGGGACCUUAGGGUGAAGGGCAGGUGGUGGUGAUGGUUGUGACCUUAGGGUGAAGGGCAGGUGGUUGUUAUUGUUGUUGUUGUUGUUAUUAUUAUUAUUAUUAUUAUUAUUGAAAAUUGCAUUUGGUUAAAAGAUUAGCAGUGCUUGGCAAUGCUAUACAGUAUCUGCAUCAGACCAUAAAAAAAAUUUUUUUUUAACCUUGGACCUUCAGGAGUGUACUUUUCUUGAACAGUAAUAUUUGCUCCAUAUGUAGGCUUCAUUAUCAAGCCCUCGUGGGAAAUAUGCAAUAAUAAUAGUUUUAAAUCCAGAUGGGCCUGGUUCACAUAGGCUGUAGUCAUAUCAUGUGAUGAAUUGCAUGUGUGACUGAGCCCAUCUUGGAUUAUUCACUGCAGCGUUUUCAUCUUGCUCAGUGUCAGUUCACAGUCAUUCUACUUUUCAAUGGGAACAUUCCAAACAUUUGGCUGAGAGCCACAUUUUGUGUGAGGUGAUAUAGAUAUUUUUGUCCCUGAGGUUUGAUCAGUUUUGGCUCAUUCUAUUUGCAAUUCUCAUUUCCAGUGGACAUUUAUCUGCAUAAUUCUUAAUGGAGCAACGCUCUAAAAUCAGAUUGUUCAUUUGUGGCAGAAUCUUUAGCUUACAACUGAAAACACGCUGUCACCUAGAAAAUUAACUAAUAUAACAAAUAUUCAAAUAUAUUAAUGUGAUGAGUUUAAUCACGAUGCAAAACUCUGUAAAAUCACUACCUUCCUCAUUGUUGCAGCAGGUUUGGGGGUUGUUUGUGUUGUUAUAGUUGUUGUUGGGGUUUUUUAAGCUCUGCAUGAUUAAAGUGAGGGAGUACCUUAUGUACGUAAUUUUAUUUAGCAAGCUGCAAAAUAUAAAUUCUAACUCAUUAUAAUAUUGUUCUGCCUUAGCUGUUACAGUUUAAACUUCCUGUCAAGAAAUAGCUAGGUCAACCUCUGGGUGACCUGUCUUGUUUAGCUUUGGGCUAGAGCUCCACCAAGUGAUCUUCCAGCAUGAUACAUUUUUUUUAAGUAAGCUGAUUGUGUUUUAGCAUCACUUAGUGGCAGUAUGAAUUUUAACCUUUUAUUCCUGCCAGGAAAUUACAUUUCAAGACUUUGGUGUAAAAUUAAAAGAAUAUAGUGUUCAGUUGCGUUUGAUAAUAUUUAAGUUUGAUUAAUUGGAUUUAAAGCUUAGACAGCUGAAAUGCUUGUAUAUGGUCUUCAAUUUUGUCAUUUGUUUUCAACUUGAAACCUCGCAAGAGGCACUUGACUCAUCUGGUAAUUAGCUAUUGCUUACAGUAUUUUAAACAUGUUAAAAACCACAGUCAGGAAUUGGACAAGCGUGUCACCACUGAUAGCAGGUUGGCUACCAUAGUUGCAGUUAAUGAAAAUGCAUUGCUGUGUCUUUGGUGAACAAGCAUUUUGCUUAAUACAGUGGUAAUGUGUACUGUGCAACUGCAAAGUAAUUCCCAGUGUGUAGCAUACAGCCCCAGUCCAUUCCACUUGCUACUUUGAAUUGCUGUGAGAGACUGACCCUAUCGGUAAAUUGAAAGAUUCUCAAUGGCUUAAGAUCUGGUCCACUUGCCACCUUUAGGUCUCUGUCUACCAACAUUAAGGAGAAUUCUUUUUUAAAAUCUGGGGAUGCUUUUGAGGUAAGAAAUGCAGAGUAGAAAUAUUCUCAAAUAAUAGGGAUUGUUAGGGAUGUGAUGGAACAUAAAAUGGCCAGUAUUGUAUUUCCAUUAUAUAAACCUAUGGUAUAGCCCAGUGGUGGCGAACCUAUGGCACAUGUGCCAGAGGGGGCACUCAGAGCCCUCUCUGUGGGCAUGUGCGCCAUCGUCCCAGCACAGAGCCGGCAGAAGGUGAGGGCAGUGCGUUGAGUUGUCAAGUGAGUAGAAGCACCUCGGAUGGGGCCCCAGGGUAUGUGCGCGCAAAACGGAGCUAUAACCUCCAGGGCACGCGGUUUCCCUUGGGGAGCCUCCGCUGGGGGGCGGGGCGCAGCUCUGUGCACAUGCUCAGAAGUGAGCUGACGUGUUAGUGGGCUGCAGAGAGUUCCGAGCAGCCGCCUUUCUCCUGCUGCUGUGAGGUUGAGGCUUUACAUACCCUCUGGCCAGGGCCAAUAGGAGCGGAGUCAGAAGCGGAGUGGAUGCUUCGUGCUCCCCAGCUGAGCUGCCUGCUCCCACUCCUACUUGUGUGCAAGCAGGAGCAGGGUGGAGAUCUCUCAGCUGGGAAGCAUGAAGCCUCCACUUCUGAGAGAUCCCCUAGGAGCAGGAGCAGGAGCGGGCAGCUCAGCUGAGGAGCACCUGGCUGCCUUCAGGGGCUGCCUUCAGGGGCUCUCAGGUGCAGCUUCCGGGCUGCCCCCACCGUCCCCAACCUCAUCAACUAUUCAGGUUGGCUGCCUUCACAGGGUUGCAGGGGAUCUGAUUCAUAGGUGGGGGCUCCUUUAAACUUCUCCCUUGAGGGGAGUGCAGCCGCGGACUCCUCAAUGGAAAGUGUGACGUAGCCUGCACCUCCCCAGCUGAGCAGCCCCGAUCCAGCUCAGAGCAGCCCGAUCCCACUCCUACUUGCCUGCUCACUUGCUGCCCCAGCCCAGCCUUCCCUCACUCAGCGCCUCCAGAGCUGGAAGAGGGGGUGGUUGCUGUUGUGGCUGCGAUGGCGGAGGGACGACGUGCUGGAGGGCAGCAGGUGCCUGCUCGCUUGCCGCCCAGCCCACCUUUCCUCAUUCUGAAAACGGAAGUGUGGCACUCAAAAUGGAAGUUAUACUCAGAACAGAGCACGUUCUACUUCUGAAAAAAGUUCAAAAACCAGAACACUCAUUUCCGGGUUUGAAGUGUUCGGGUUCCAAGUAGUUCGAGAACUAAGCCGUUCAAAAACUGAGAUACCACUUUAUUACUCCACUGUGUCUCCACAUGGAUGUGCCAACUUCCCCUUCUAAACUAAAACCUCAGUAUUCAGGUUAAAUUGCAUUGUUGGCGCUUUGCGAUAAAUAAGUGGGUUUUGGGUUGCAGUUUGGGCACUCGGUGUCUGAAAGGUUCUCCAUCACUGAUAUAGCCACAUUUGGAAUUCUCUGUAUAGUUCUGAUCAUCUGCCUAUAAUAAGGUACUACAGAGCUGGAAAAGUCUGGGAAAAGGUAAACCAAAAUGUUCAAGAGAUUCAAUGUUCAAGUAGAAAUUUUCUCAAAUAAUAGGGAUUGUUAGGAAUGUGAUUGAACAUAAAAUGGCCAGUAUCACAUUGCCAUUAUAUAAAUCUAUUUUAUAGCCACAUUUGAAAUUCUCUGUAUGGUUCUGAUCAUUCUGCCUGUAACAAGGUAUUACAGAGCUGGAAAAGACUGGGAAAAGGUAAACCAAAAUGUUCUAGGGAUUGGAGUACCUUCAUAGGAGUGAAAUGAUUGAUACGUAUAAAGUAUGAAUGGUGUUGAGAAACUGGAUGAGUGAGAUAAUUUUCUCUCUCAUAAUACAGAAUUCAGGGCUACUUGUUGAAAUGCAUAAACAUUAUUAAACUUGGGGGAAACAGAAGAAAGUUCUCCUCUAAGGGCACAGUUAAUCUGAAAUUUGCUACUACAAGAUGUAAUAACUUACAUGGACUUCUUACAUGAUCUUAAAGGGAGACUAGACAAAUUUGUAGGUCUCUCACUGACUGUUAACUAUGAGAGAACUAAAUGGAACUUUCAUGUUGGAAUAUGAUUUUCUCCUUAAAAGCUAUUGUUUGUGGGGAAAACGGUAGGGAAGAUUGCAGUUUGCCUUCUCUGUUUCUUGAAGUAUCUCGUUGAUUUUUUAUGAAAACGGGAUGCUAGAUCCAGUGAACCUUUGAUCUGUUCUGUUCUCGAAGGCAUUUAUAUUCCCAGGAGCACAGUGAGAGAAUUCUGAGAUUGAUAUUUCACGUGCUAUAUACUAAUCCCAAGUAUAUCUUGCUUCUUGAAAAAAAGUUAAAACUUUUAUUUAUUUUAUCUUUGGGGGCUAUUUUUAAAGAAGCAACAAUAUAUAUUUGAUGAGAGCAACUAAAACCACAAGCUGCUAUGUAAAUUGAGUUAACCUUUUGUUUGUUUUUUAACAGGUAUAGGCUACUGCAACAAGAGAAUAAAGUGAUAAACAAUUACUUUUGCAAACUACAGCUGCUUUUUGAAUGCAUUUUUAAUACAGUAGUGCUCCAGAAGAUGAUAAAGAAAUGAUAGCAGCUCAAGAAGCAACAACUAAUUUUGCUCUGCUUCAGUAAGUACCUUAAAAUAGCAAUGUUAAAUGAUAAACCCACAAAGCAUCUUCCUUCCCCCCUCAACAGCAGUGAUAUAUACUAUUAUAUAUAUGCCUUAAAAUUAUGGCUUAUAUUAAGUCAGUAGUCCUAGCAUCAUUUCAUCAUCAAAGAAUUAUGUGAUGUUACUUAAAAAGAUUGCUUGAACAAUUUAGCCACUAUCAAAGGGUACCUGCCAUAAAUAUUUGUCUUGUGACUUCUUCAGAUGUAAUGGCUUUUUAAACCAUAUAAGUUCAAUGAUCAAGGAGGUGUUGGAGGUGUUUCUUGCAGAUUUGGGGUAGUGUAUGUCAGGUGUCUUCCACCUUUUCAGACCCAAGACCCACUUUCUUAAUCUUUUAGCAUAUAUUCACAUGAAGGUAGUGCUGUUGUUGCAACUCACCUUGGAUCAAGCUGCAACCCACUAGUGAUUCCAGACCCACUAGUGGAAGACCAGUGGUGUAGGUAAUGAACUACUUCACAACUGGCUCAAACAGGGUUGCUGAGUGUUCUCUUUUUAAGAUACUAAAAAAGUAUUACUUGCUAAGGAUGAGCAAAGAAAUGAGUGUUACUCUGACUGCAUUGUUUUCCCCCUUUAAAUCGUGUGCUGUCUAAAUUUUAUUUGUUCACCUGAUGUUAAUUGCGCACAGUCUGUUGGUUUGCUGCUUCCUGCAAAUCAUGCUGGUAGUUUAUUCAAAGUUAUGCCCAUUGAGCUUAGUAGGGUUUACACUCUAGUAAGUUUAUUUUGAGUUGCAGCUUACGUGAAGUAUCUGCUUGCAUCAGGAAGAUAAACUGAUAUGGAUGCAUGCAAAUUUCAUUGUUAUGUAUGCAGUAUUCCUGUCACAAUUUAAAUUUUUCAGAUGAUGGGUAGGAAAUAUUCUUUAUCCACAUAUGAACUCAAGGUUUCCUAGCUUCUGCUCUCAUCCUUCCACCUCUCUGAAUUGGCAUGGUGUGUAUCAUAUGCUGAGACCACUCCUGUACUGUCAUGGACUGGCUCGCUUCUGACAUGUACCUUCCUGUUCGUAUUGAAACCUGUUCAUAUUGAAACCCUGUUCAUCCAGGGCAAACUAUUUUGCAUCCAGGUAAUAGACAUGGUAAAUAAAAUACUUUCAAAAUAAAGGCAUACUUACCAAGAAUAUAAAAUAUGUCUUUUUAGGGAGUCUGAAACACAUUUUUCUUCAGAUACUGACUUUGAAGAUAUUGAAGGAAAAAAUCAGAAACCAGGAAAAGGAAAGGUAUGUGUAUCUGGCAUUCUCAGUCAUAUAGACUGGUGGCAAUGUAAUAAAGCUGGUUUAUAUUUUAUAUAAUUUUUGAAUGAAAUUUUAUCCACGCACUUUUAUCCAUGACUUAAGUGCUUGUUUGAAUCUGAAUAAUGUUGGUGUAAUAGUGUGUGGGGAGGUUGCAGAUUUCUCUUCAAGUUGAAGCUGUUCUUCUCAUGGAAUGUGUUCCAGAGUGUUCACACAUCUUUGGGGGCAGGUUUACCAGGGAUAGGUUGCUACUAGAAUGGGCAGGCCAGAAAGUCACUGUGUACAUGCAACCCUUUAUAUCCUGGUCUUUGUGUUGAAAACUUUUGUUUCAGCAAAUAUAAACUGGCAGAACACAACGGGUGCUAAUAGUGGUUUAUAGUAAAUAAAGAUUCCAAAAUCUUAAACCUCUGGUAACACAUAAUAAUGCCUGAAAUAGUUCAAUUAUACUUUUACUAAUAAAUAGAUUUGCUUUUGAUAUUUAUACAGACCUGUAAAAAGGGGAAAAAAGGUACAGGAGAGAAGGGGAAAGUUGGAAACGGAGCAGGGAAACCUGGUGGUCCAAAUCGAAUGAAUGGGCAUCACCAGCAGAAUGGUGUGGAAAACAUGAUGCUGUUUGAAGUUGUUAAAAUGGGCAAGAGUGCUAUGCAGGUAAGUCUUUUUAGGGGGUCUUAAAGUGAAUAUUCAAGCAGUGUAAAGAAAGCACUCUAUAAAAUUGAAACUGUCUAAAGAGUUGGGCUCUUAUGCACAUCCUUGAUGUUAUAUUUUAAAACAUAAAUUUUUUAACAGCGAGACAACUAUGGGGAGGGGGAGAGAUACUAGCAUUAUUCUCUUUGUUUUUGUUUGUUUGUUUGUCUAACCGUUGGAAUGAACCCCUGGAAAGUUGUCCAAACUCAAAUCUGUCCCUCAGUUCCCCACUCUGGCUAUAACCUGAGCAUGACCUCAUGAAGAAAUUAAUAAAAGAACAUAUAAUCAUAUUGGCUAUGUUUGAACAUAAACUAAAUAAUGUUUUAGCAUUUUAAGUUCCAGUAAAGCCCUGGGCUCAUAAAAUCCUUUCUCCUUCUCCUCUGGUGCAGCUAUGAGGAGGAAGGCAGAAAUUUCUAUUGAACAAUAUUAACAGCAGUUUAACACAUGUGCGAUUUUUGACCUUGAAGGCAACUUGAUAAAACUUGCUUGUUACAGCAAACCAUAGUUAAGGCUGACCACAGUUUGCCCAAAUAUUGAUAACAAGACAUGCUGUUAUUAAGUGAAACUUCCAAAGUUCUCCUUCAGAGGGGGAGAACAUAAUCCCAAGACUCUGUGCGCCAGCAGUGGUUUAGUCAUGCUGGCCACAUGACCCUGAAAGCUGUCUGUGGACAAAUGCCAGCUCCGUUGGCCUGAAAGCGAGAUGAGCACCACACCCCAUAGUUGCCUUUGACUGGACUUCAUUGUCCAGGGGUCCUUUAACUUUACCUAUUCAGAAAUUAAUUUAUGAAGCUAAUUCUACCAGUAUUGGCAGAAUGACGUACUUUCUAAAUUACAAAUCUUAAGAGUUAGUGUGCAUUAUUAGUGCAGGUUUAUUUAAUACUUCUAAACUAUUUUGGUUAAUGGAAUCAUUUGUUUGUAUCUAGAUACAAACAUAAAAAUAGUUUGAUCCAAAGGUACCCUUCUGCUCAUAGGGGGCAGCAUCUGAGUUGAAAGGCACCUUUGGAUUAAAAUCAGUGUACCUAACUCUUUUGUCUCAUUGUCAUCAAUCUGCAAGCUAUAGUUUUAACUGAGAACUGUCUUGCUUGAUUAAAACAUUUUACCUCUUUCUCCAGUAGAAGCUGCUUACAAGCAAAAUACUUUGUUCACAACAAUUUAGACUUCUCUGUUUCACAUAACUGGAGCAGGGCUGGCAGAGGGGAAGGAGAAGGGAAAGUUGUUUUGUGUGAGCAGAAGAACAUUCUGCUAGUGAAUGCAUAUAGCCUAAUACUUUGAGAAAUGAAAGAAAGUAAAGAAAUAAGCAACUUAGUUUGCUGUUUAGAAGAACUGGUUCAGGGAACUUUAUGAGCUUAUUACAAUUUUUUGAUUGGUGGCUUUUUUGGGGUGGGUGGGAGCUGCAUCUUGAAAAGGUAGUUACAGUGUAUUUAAUGGUGGCUUUAUUUAUUUUUCCCUAGUCUGUGGUAGAUGACUGGAUAGAAUCCUACAAACAUGACAGGGAUAUAGCACUUCUUGAUCUCAUCAACUUCUUUAUUCAAUGUUCAGGCUGUAAAGGUAAGAAGUGUAUUUGGAAGUAGUGUUUACUUCCUUACAGACUUAAAAAAAAAUUCGAAUCCCACCCUUUUUUCAAUUAACUAUUCAACUUAAAUGUGGGGGCUUGGCUUGCAAAUGCCUUCCACCACUCUCUCUCUUAAGCACAGCUGGCUAGACAUGUUUCCAUUAGACUUGCCUGUCACAGAGUAGCUCAGUUCAGACAUGAUGCCCAAGUAUGGCUAAGGAAGCACAACUAUGGUUUGUCAUGGCAUCUGAAUUUAUAACCUGAGUUUUGUUACCAGCCAGCAAAUCAGAACUGGAAAUCACUGUUUGAAGUAGGCUUGCAAACGAUGGCUUGAGUUGAUAGGAUGUCUAAAUUUCACAACUCAAUGGUCACGUAGAGAGGAAACAAUGUAUUCACUCGAAUGGGUUAGCUGCCUCUUCUUUAAAGAUUUGAGAAAUCUUCUUCAAUAAACACUUAAAAAAACAAACAUUGCAGUGAGUAAGGAGGUAGAAGAAAUAGCAUAGUUUGCAGUAUUUUCAGUUCUUGUUGUUGGAGAGCAAGACUCGGUUCAGAUGUCACUUUCUCAGUCUAAUAAACUAUGUUUUAUUAGCUUGAGAACAAGCCCUGUACCAUAAGGAAAUAAAGGACUACAUAACUUUUAAAAGGCAUCUGUAGGCAGCCCUAUAUCAGGAAGUUUUUAAUGUUUGAUAUUUUACUAUGUUUUAUAUGUGCUGCAAGCCGCCCAGGGUGGCUGGGGAAUAAAUAAAAUUAUUAUUGUUAUUAUUAUUAUUAUCUCUCUCCUCCUCCUCGGUUCUCUUGCUUGUAAAAAUUGAAGACAUUGUGGAUUGAUCUUAGGCUGCCAACUAGGAUUUCAUGUGUUUGUGAAUCAUAAUAUUUCAGGAUUAAUUUAUUAACAAUAUUUCUGUAGUGGCUUGCCAGAGAUUGAGGUGGCAUACAAUAUAGCAUAUAAGAUGUUUUAGAAAAUUCUAACAGCCAACUGUAUAAAAACUUGCAUGUUAGCAGCUUAUAAAGCAGGCCUUGCCUGAAUUUGUAAUUGUUUGUAUACACAAACAGUGCUUAUUGUCCAAACAUUAAAUGACAUUUCAGUUUAGUAUGUUCCUGCAUAACGUUUUUCCCCCCACAGAAGUUAAGGUCUGUGAUACUGUAUGAUGUGAUUUUAAAUCACUAUUUGUUACUUGUAGGGGUUGUAACAGCAGAGAUGUUUCGACAUAUGCAAAACUCAGAAAUUAUUCGGAAAAUGACUGAAGAAUUUGAUGAGGUAAAUUUUAGACAUAUUUCUAGAAAAUUUGUCAUGCAUUUAUGAAAUGAACUCUCAUUUCGCAGGAUAUAAAUGUUUGAUGUUAUACAUUGCAUAACAAAGGAUAGUGGUAGGGUGGAAAGUUAAUAAGUAAAAGCAGUGGAAAUGAACUUACAGUUAAAACAUGCAGAUAAUAAUGAUGGCAUCUCUUUUGAAGGAAUGUUUUAAGCAGUGCUAGAAACUCAGAUAUGUAAGCUAGCCACCAAAUGGCACUUUAAACCUAAGUUACGAUCACCACAGUGGAAUGUUUGAGUCUCCAUUGGAAUAAAAAUCACCUCAAAAAAUAAACAGCCUCACUGAUUUUUAAAGGAUUGGAAUUCAGCAUCACACUAAGGCAAUCAUUCUGUCAGGGCAAGCCUUUUGACUUGUCGGAUGGAACAGUCCCCUCUCUUUUGCCCCUGAGCGCUGUGGUGGUGGCUACUCCAAUCCCCCCAAGCCAGUUUGGGGGGUGGCUUGUGGAGGAAGGGAAUAAAGCCCCAUUACAGAAGCAGAAAUCCUUUAUUUCACUUAUUGUAUUUAUAUCGCACAUUUAUUUUCCAAGGAGCUCAAAGUAGUGUACAUGGUUCUCCUCAUCUCCAUUUCAUCCUCACAACAACCCUGUGAGGUAGGGUAUGCUAAGAGAUGGUGACUGGUCCAAAGUCACCCAAUGAGCUUCAUGGAUGAGUGAGGAUUCAAACCCUGGUCUCCCAGGUUAUAGUCCAACACACUGACUCUGCAGGGCUUCCAUUGACAGGGCUCUUUAAUGGAUUCCCACCCAAAGUUGGCACUGGGUGAUAAAUAAACUAAGGUCUUAACCCCACUUCUCUGGGGUGUAAGGCUGAAAAUUCUAUAUGUACACCUAUCUGGAAGUAAGUCCCAUUGAAUUCACUGGAGAUUAUUUCUGAAUAAACUUUCAUAUGAUUGCAUUACAAAACUAUAACACUAAGCAAAAGUGGUGGGAACCAGGUCUACUGAGUAUUCUUGGAACUGGAAUGAUAAAAAUGAAUGUGAGUACUUAGAGGAGACCUUGAGCAUUGGUAUAUGCAUUUUGUGAAAAAGAAAUGUAGGUCCUGUGCCAUGAAGGCACAAAACGUCAUGAUAUGGUUUAAGUCCACAAAUAACUAUAUAUUAACUAUCAUUUUUAUAACCAUUUUCCUUUUCAAAAUUUUCCUGUGCUUCUAAAUGGCUGAUUAGCACAACCAUUUUUAACGUUGCUCAAGCCAUCUUUCAAAGACUUUCCAGAAAGUAGCAAGCCACACCAUGUGAGUUAAGAGGCAUUCAUAAGGUUGAUGGCCUUGUCUGAAUUCCACCCACCCCACUUCAGUGUGAAGUACUGUUGUGUCAAUUGGACCUAAAAGAAAGGAUAGCAGUAAUAACAGUAGAAGAGAGCCAAAGGAGAUAUAUAUAUACACACACACACACACGUAUCACCAAGUAGAUGGUUGUGAGUUGCGAAAUGUGACUGGCGACCAGUGAAUUUUGAACACUGGUUUUCAGGAUAGGGUGAGGGACCUCUGGCCCAGAGGCUGAAUAUGACCCUCCAGGCCUCUAUUGGGCCCUCAAGAUUUUCUCUGUGCCACACCUGUCUCUGCUCUAUGUCCUCCUUGAGUGCAUAAUGCCUGUUGUGUGUGGAAGUGUUUGUGUAUGUAAUCCUCUGCCUGGCUUUUGCAUGUCUGGAAUGUAGCCUACUGUACAAAAGUAAGAAUCAUGUGUGGCUCCGCCCACAUGUCCCUGGCCCCACUCACCACGGGCAUGUAAUCCACAGAGGGCUGCCCAUGUGAGCCUACAGCUUUUAAGCUAAAGAAGCUUCUCCACCCCUGUUUUAAGGGGAGCGAUGAAAUACCAAGCAUGAAUAGAGAUAGGUGUCCCAAAGAAGUUAUUGGAAGCAAGACAUUUAAAAAGAAUAUACAUUUCCAAUGUUAAAUAAUGGCUUGUAACAGUAAUGAAGAAAACAAUGGACAGUGGAGUUUUGAGAAUUUUUGCAUGGGAUAAAUUAAAAGAUAUUAACCCAGGGCACUGUUAAACAGCCAUAUUCAUAUUAUUGGCAUUGUUAGAUUUAAUAUUAUAUUUAAGUUUAGAAACAAUAUGAUAUGUCAUAAAGACGUGGAAUAUUUGAUAAGUAUUACAUAUGUAUGUACAUGCUCCUACACAAAUAUCAUUCUACUGUUUAAACCUUGAAAUACUGUUUCAAUAUGUUUUUUUCAAGACUGCUUCCAACUAUUCAUCUAAAAGGGUUUAGCUGUAUUUCUUAGCACAAUGGUAAUAAACUGCACAAGAGCCAUACAUAUUCUGCUCUGAAGAGGUUAUCAGUUUAUGCCUUAAUAAGGGAGCUCCUCUCCAAAAGUGUGUAUUUUCAAGAGCUAAAAAGGACAGUUGACUUCAACAGUAAACUGGAUAUCUUACAGAUUGCUUAUCAUUGGUUUCUUUUGAAAUCACUGCGUUGUUUUGAAAACUGCUUGUUGGCAUCUCAGUUUAUGUAGUUUUCUUAAAAUAACUUCUUUCCCCAAGGCUAUUCCAGAGUGAUUAUUAUUAUUCUUGCAUGUUCAAAUGCACCUGCUGCCUUGGAGAGUUUUGGUUCUGCAAAAAAUUGUUAUGUUUUUGUGGUGAGCAGAAAUCUUGGUUCCACUUUGGAAAGCAAAACAAAACUUAGAAUAUCUUAUGUACUAAAGAAAACAAUGAUAAUUCUUUUUGUGAGGAGCAUUUCUUGGGUCUUGAAGAAUGCUGACAUUUACAGCAUUUACUUCUGCUGUUUUAGUUUCUCAAGUCGUCUUAUAGUUUAACAAACAAUAAUAUGAAAUAUCAUUAACAUAUAUUUGUUUCCUAUUCUAGGAUAGUGGAGAUUAUCCACUUACCAUGGCUGGUCCUCAAUGGAAGAAAUUUAAGUCAAGCUUUUGUGAGUUUAUUGGAGUAUUGGUCCGGCAGUGUCAGUAUAGUAUCAUAUAUGAUGAAUACAUGAUGGACACAGUCAUUUCACUACUUACAGGACUAUCAGACUCUCAAGUCAGGGCAUUUCGACAUACUAGCACACUGGCAGGUAAGCAGUCUUUAUUAGGAUAAUUUUGUGUAUUCUCUUUUUAAGUCUUAAAAGGCAGCCUGAAUAAUGAUUUCUCCCAUAUUUUAUUGAAUUUGCGAUGACUGGUUCAGAAAUCUGCAGUAAGCCAAAGAGAAAAACAUAGUUUGAUAAAAUAGAUAUCUAUUUGCCUUCCUUUAAAGUGGGAAUAAUCACAGUAAAAUAAAAUAUAUUUUGGGCUAUAUCCAAAAACUGAGAUCAUCCUCACUGGACUCCCUCCUGUAUUACUGAAUGUUAGCAUAUGGAUGCUUUGUUGUCUCUGCCUUCUGAAAUAAAGCAGAUGCAACUGGAAAAAUGUCAUUGAGAAUAUGGCUAUGGUUGAGAAUAUCUGCCCUGCGUUCUGCCCCGGGAAAGCUUUUUGGUACCAGUCAAAGACAUGGGAUUUGAUUGCUACCCAUCCACAAAAAAUAGGAUAGAGUCUCUGAAUAAAACAUAUGUAAUGAAAAGCAUUUUUGAAAAGUUUGGGGUUAUUUCAAAUGGUUAUGGAAUAAGAUACUAUACGGUUGUAGAAAAUAUAUUCCUGUUGUUAUAGAAAUGAAGACAUUUCUUAUUUAUGCUAGUUUUUGUUUUAUAAACUUACAUACAAAUGCACACAUACAUUUCUAUGUGUGCAUGUGUUGAUUGUAAUUUAAUUUAGAAAAAUAAAAUAAAUUAUUCAUAUGUUUGUACUGUAGUCAUUCUAAUGGGCCUGUUUCGAUAUCUCCUCCAAUAAGAAAAUAAAGAUAUAGAGGCAAAUCAAGAUAGUGGUUCAUUAAGAUCAAUAUUAUCUAGGUUGCAUGUAACCAUCCUUUCCAUUUCUGAAUGAAUCAUUCAAAUGGUGCAUCCCUGUACAAGUCCACUAAGAAGUAAGUCCCCUUGAGUUCAGUGGGACUUAUUGCCAAGUAAGUGUGUAUAAGAUUGCAGCCUUGUUUACAUUGAGCAGUCUAAUUUAAAUGUACUAUAGUGGUUUUGUCUCUGUGUCUCAUUUGGCAGUCUUGAUAAUGUCUUUAUUUAUUUUUUAAAACACAUGCACGUUAAGUGAUUUUAUCUUUCAUACUUUUUAGCUAUGAAACUGAUGACUGCAUUAGUGAAUGUGGCAUUAAAUCUGAGCAUUAACAUGGACAAUACACAACGACAGUAUGAAGCAGAACGAAAUAAAAUAAUUGUAAAACGAGCUAAUGAUAGACUGGAGCUCUUGCUACAAAAAAGGAAAGAGGUUAGAGCCUUUGUCAAUUAUUUUAAUUUCUAAAGAUUUUGAUGCAAAAUGAGGUGUGCUGUCAGUUGAUUGUGAAAUUUAUCUUGCCAUUGCUUAGUUACUGAAACAUAAGAAUAGCCUGCUAGAUCAGGCCAAUGAGCCAUCUAGUCCAGAAUCCUGCUCUCAUAAUGGCCAACCAGAUGCCUGUGGAAAACCAGGGAGCAGAACAUGAGUGCAUGAGCACUCUCUUCUCCCACAGUUUCCAGCAACUGGUAUUUGGAAGCAUUGUUGCCUCCAACUUCGGAGGUAGAGCAUAGAAAUCAUGGCUAGUAGCCAUUGACACCCUCUUCUCCAUGAAUUUGUUUAAUCUUUUAAAGUUUUAACACAUCCAACACAACGACCAAGGCAGACAGUGUGCAAAAGAUUCAAAUAGAGUGGCAUGCCCAAGGUCACCCAGUGACCACAUGGGAGAGGUGGGCUCUCCAUGCAGUUGUCUAAUCCUCUGUUAAAGCUAUCCAAGUUGGUGGCCAUCACUGCCUCCUUAAAGAGUGAGUUCCAUUGUUUGCCUAUGUACUGUAUGAAGAACAAGGCAAGGACCCUAAAUCACCCCAAUCAUAUAGUAAACCAGUAUGCCAAGAUAGGGUCUUCCAUAACUGCUAAGCGUUUGAAUAAUAUUAUAAAUAAAUAUGUAAAUUCAGAUCAAACCUGAUUGUAUCGAAUUAAUUAAGAAGUGUAAGCAAUUGCGGAAAAAGCCUUUGUUAGGCCUGAAUGAUCCUUUCUAGCAAGAACCCUUCAAUAAGUGAAUCUCAGUAGCAUAUUUAAAGAGUGGGUUGACCUAAUGUUAGAAGUUUUUGUUAAUAAUCACUUGUCAAAGCUACUAAGAUUGCAGUGUGCCACACGUCAAAGGUGUUCAUGAUCUCUUCCUGGCUUGCAAGAGUUCAUAAUGUCUCUACGCGAAAGAUAAUAACACAUCAAUACAAAAUACAUGGAACUUAUUGUACACUUUUGGAGAAGCAUCUGGUUACUAGAUUAAUACUACUGAAUCAUUUAUUUUCGGAAUACUGUAAAUCUGAAAGCUCAAGUGACAAACACCUUUUAUAAAUACUUUGGAUUUCAUUUAAAAAUCAGCCCAAUAAAAUAUUGAAGAGUUUGGUUGCACAGAUCACAACUAUAACAAAAUAAGCACAGAAAUAGAUGAAGAUCUUAAAAGGUGACAGACUCUUUCUCUGUAUAGGCAAAAUAUCAGCUAUUUCUAUGAUUAUUCUAUCCAUGGGUGUAGGCUUGUUUCAAGGAAAGCUAACCAAGACAGCCCUUUAAAAGACUGUGUUGACUCCCACCAGCUGGAUUUGUGCUGUGUGGAACAUUAUAUACAAUGGAGUUUCCUUUUUACCCCUUCUCCAAAAAUUGAGUUUUUAGUCCAGUUUACUGUGGGUCCUCAAACUUUUCUGCUAGGUGGCACUGAGCAUUAGUUUUUCUAUGAAAUUCUUACCUCCAGAAUUUAGCUACUGUGUCAUGAGUCUUCACAGGAUUUGGAUCCUAGCUGACAAUGAUCUUACUGUGCCUAAGGCACAAUAUAAAUAUAAUAAUAGCCUAUCUGGCUGGGUUUCCCCAGCCACUCUGGGCGGCUUCCAAUAAAAUAUUAAAAUACAAUAGUGCAUCAAACAUUAAAAGCUUCCCUAAACAGGGCUGCCUUCAGAUGUCUUCUAGUAUUGAAGUAUUGAAAUAUUGAAGUACAAUGGCUGUAGUUUUAAUUUCAAAGUUCCUGUAGCAUGAAUAGUGUAAAUAGUCAACAUGCAUGUCAUCUGGGUACAAAGGAUGGAUGUAGAGGAUAUAUUUCUUUUCCUAUGCAUUCUAUCUUCUCCUUUUCUUUGGAUAAUCUCACUUUGGCUAAAGAACUAUUGGGCAGAGUCAAAGUGACUCUUCUCCCAACAUGUGCACCAUACCUGAGAACAAGUGAAGGCCAAGGAAGCAUUUCUUUCCAAACUGGGGAGCUGGGCUCAGAGAGCCUCUUAACUGAACUUAGUGCCAUUUAAUCUCCCUACAUUGCUCUUAAGAGAGCUUCUGCUUUCUUUUAUGGGAUGGUGUCCAACAUUGAAUCACUUCCUUCCACUCUCUGGUCUUAGAUGUCUCUAGAUGGUUAGGUUCUCUGCAAAAGGUAAAAGGGAGUUGAUUGAAAGCAUGGUGGGGCAACAGUUCAUCAAUGCUCAUAAAUUGCUUUCUCUAAAAGAAACACUCCACCUUAUCCCUAAUUGUGUGCACUCUUGUAAGCAUAUCUUCAAGCUUCAUUGUUUCAUUAGUAUAAUUUUAAACUUUUACGGAUAUUUUAUUCAUGUUGCUAUCCUACUGUAUGGCAUGUGGGGAACAUUUGACCCUCUAGCUUUUGUUGCAGCUACAACUCUCAUCAGCCCCAGGAAGCCUGGUGAAUGGCAACUGUAAUACAGCAACAUCUAGAGGGCCAAAAGUUUCCCACACCAGUGUGGCAUGCAGUAGUGUUCACACACUGAAAAUGAUUUGUUAAUAUGCAAUUAUUUAAACAAAUUCAUCUGUCCCGUAAUCUUUUUUGAGAAUUAUUUCAGUUUUAUAGACAUGUAUUGUGUCAGUAUAUCUCUUAAAACUACAGUUUCUUCAUUUGGCACUUAAUGUAUUUUUCAGCUCCAAGAAAAUCAGGAUGAAAUAGAGAAUAUGAUGAAUGCAAUUUUUAAAGGUGUAUUUGUUCAUAGAUACAGGUGAGUUCAGUUGCUCUGUGCUAUAGAACGGGCUAUGCUUUGCUUGUGAUUAUUUUAUUUAUCAUAUUUUACGUACUUUUCAAUUCUCUUCCAGGGAUGCAAUAGCUGAAAUAAGAGCAAUCUGUAUUGAAGAAAUUGGGAUUUGGAUGAAAAUGUAUAGUGAUGCCUUUCUCAAUGACAGCUAUUUAAAAUAUGUGGGAUGGACAAUGCAUGACAAGGUAAGAUGCUGUGUACCAUUUGUCCAUUUUCAAGGUUUUCAGAAUUAUUGAGAAUAAAGCAGCAAAACUAAACAAAGUUAGUUUCAGUACAGGUUUUAAGCAAAAUGGAGAAGUACAAAAGUUAAGUUAUAUGAAUUACAUUCCAAGAGGUCUUUGAGUCAAAAGCGUUUCACAAGUUGUUGGGUAUUGCUUGGGACCAAAGUGCCUGCAUGCACAUGUUCAUCAGGCUCUUUACAGUGUGCCUUGUCAGUAGUGGUGCCAUAACCCUGGAAUGCUUUUUAGGAAGGCUGUUGGUGUGUGGUAAGCCAUAAACUAUGGUUUAUUGUGAAUGAGCAGUAUGCUAGCACACACUGUCAAAUCGCUCCUGCUGCACUUCUCUCCUAGUGUGAGCAGGAACAAUCAACCAGGAACCAUAGUUUCUAUCAAUGUCUGACCCAGCACGUGGUUUUCUUUCUCUACAAACUACAAUCUGUGAAACUAAGGCUCUUUCCCAAUUUGUGGUUUGUUUGGGAAACACAAACUACAAGCUCUGGUUUGGAUUAUAGCUUGUUGCCCUCACUCGGGAACGAGAGCAGCUGGAGCAAUUUGCCAGCAUGCAGUAGCGUGCUGUUCAUUCACAGUAAGCCAUGUUUAUGGAUUACCAUGUUAGAAUGCAGCCAGUAGUUGUUUGGAUCCCAGUCACAAUCAUAGUGAGGAAGAUUAUAUUGUUUUUGGGAAUAUUGCCUGUUUGAUCAGGAGAGUGCUUGGUUAUUAAUAUGACAGCAACAAACCAAGAACAGUAAAGACCUGCAGCAUUUAACUUUGAUUUAGAAUAGAUGUAGAGCUGUUCAAUCAAUGAAUGCAGCAUGUCAUGUUGAAAAAUGAUAUUUAAAGCCUCCAUGUGUUUGAUUUUUUCUUAGCAAGGGGAGGUAAGACUCAAAUGUCUUACAGCUUUGCAAGGGCUUUAUUAUAAUAAAGAACUGAAUUCCAAAUUGGAGCUCUUCACCAGUCGAUUCAAGGUUCGUAUUUUUACUCUUUCAUUUAAGCUAGCAUUUUCUCUCUCUUUCAUUUAAGCUAGCAUUCCAGACUUUCCAUUUUUAACACUUGUCAUUUUAAAACUUUGUUUCCCCCCCCCAUCAGGAUAGAAUUGUGUCUAUGACUCUAGACAAAGAAUAUGAUGUGGCAGUGCAAGCAAUAAAACUACUUACUCUUGUUUUACAGUAAGUAUUUCAGGCCAGUGUGUAAUAUAAACAUGUGGAGUUAAUUUGUACAUUUUGUUUACGUGCACUUUGACAAAGCUUUGAACGUAGAAUAUCUGUUUUGCAGUGUCACUUUUAUUAGGUUGCUUAUGGGGUGGAAAGAUCUUUUUGGGGGGGGGGGGUUCAGUUUUUAUCAUGCUGGGAUACUCUGAGCAGGUUUUUAAGUAGUUCUCAACAGCCAUUUGUGCCAGAAAAUGUCAUGAUUCCUUGAUAUAUUUGUUUAAGAGCCCAAAUUCUUUGGUGGGUUUUUUGUUCAUGUCCACAGUGAGCAGCAGGGCAGCCUAAACUGACUUAGUGAGGUCACCUGUUCUGCUGUGGUAAUUUUAAAAGUCCACUGAUUUCAUGGAAGUUAUUUGUAGGUGGUGUAAGAAUUCCUACAGCAUCUUCACCCAGUUUCCAAGCAGCUGCAGCUAUCAACUACUUAGCAAUCAACCGGAUUCACCCUGUCUCCAUUAUAUCAUUUUAUUGCCAAUUACAUUUCAUUAUACUUGAAUAAAAAUGUCUGAGAGAAUUUGGCCCAUUUCCCACAGUGCAAAUAAUAUUACAUAUAAAACUGCUGUAGUACUUGACCAGCCCUCCAUUCAUAACCAAUUCUGGUAGCUAUGGGACAUGUCAACUGUUGGCGGCAAAGAUAACUUAGCUGUCAGCAUUUACCUCAGAUCACUUACCGUUUUUUUAUACAGCUGUUCACAAAUUUAACAAGCAGCUAAUGAAACUCAGUAAAAUGAAACUAGUUAUGCAACCCCUGAGCGGUUGGUGUACAUGGCUUUGGACUGCAAUACCUCAUGGACCACCUCCCCCCAUAUGAACCAGUUGACCUUGCAGUCAUCAUCUGGGGCCUUCUUUGUGUGCCUUCUCUGUGAGCGGUCUGGAGGCCAGCAAAACCAUAAUGGAUUUUCUGGGUUGGCUCCCUGCUUGUGGAAUGCUCUCCCCCGAGAUGCUCACCUGACACCUUUGAUCCAUAACUUUAGGCACCAAGGAAAAACAUUCCUCUUCUACCAGUCCUUUGGCUAAUUAAACUAUCUAUGGCCUUUUAAACUGUGGGGUGCAUGCAUAGUGUUUUCAUUUGUUACUGUGAUAAGUGUUUUUGUGCUUUUAUAUUGUAAACCUAGCUCUGUUGGCUUUGUGGUUAUUGUUUCUGUACUUUUAUUUUUGUCUACAUCGAAAUAUUAGUCACUUUGCUCUUUUUUUUAUUUUAAUGUUAACAUCAACUUUGAAUCUCUUCGUUCUUCCUUAAGAUUUUGGGAUAUAUAUAUUUUAUUUUCAUUUCUAGGAGUAGUGAAGAAGUCCUGACUGCAGAAGACUGUGAAAAUGUCUACCACCUGGUUUACUCUGCCCAUCGUCCAGUAGCUGUAGCAGCAGGAGAAUUUCUUUAUAAAAAGUAAGGCAGGAUAAUGUUUUUCUAUAAGUACCACUUAUGAAAUGGUUAAUGUUUUCUGUAAUUAGCAUACUAUGGAUAUGUUUUAAACAAAGUCUCUCCUCAUGAGGGAAGCAAUAAUUGAAUGCAGUAUAUAGUUGCUUCAGACUGUAGGAAGUUACACACACAAAUAUCACAACUAAGUUUUAUUUCUCUAGUUCCACCUGAGCAGGAAAUCUCAGUACUGUGCUAUAUACAGGCCUAUGUCAGAGUCAGUUCCAACCAAAUGGGGCUUGAUAAUGUUAAAGGGGCUAAAGUUUGUUUCUGGACCCCAUUUGAAGUGCUCGUUUUGACCUUUAAACGUCUCAUACAGUUUAGGGAAAGUAUGCCUGCUCACACUCUGUGGACAUCUUGUGCCUUUCACUGCAUGCCACAGCUCUAGUAAAUGGACAGCCUGAAAAUCCUGGUGGUUUUUGUAUUUAUGGUUCAGUUCAGUUAAUGACUUAAGGUCUUUUGGUGUGAUAUCUGACUUGAUAAAUAACAAUUUAUGGUUGAUUAGCAAAUUGGAUGAUCAUAAACCAGGAUUUGCAAAAUAAUUUCCACUAACUAUGGUUAGUGGAGUGCAGGAGGUAUUAUGCAGACUUAAGAUGAGUAUAGUUUUAUGGAAUUCAAAGCAUAAUACAAUAAAAUACAAUGUGUAAUAAACAAAAGAAGCAAUUUGGGCAUCAUUUGGGGGAAAGGGUUGUUUCCAUUUCUGAUCUGGAGCCAGUGUUCUACUUGGAAGUAAAUUCCAGCAGUUCAGUGGGGUUUCCUCCCAAGUAAAACAUGCAUGGAUUGGGGACCUUAAUGACUAAAGCCAUUUGUGUAUGUGUGGUAAUACUGCUGCCCUGAGACGUUCCAAAGCAACUGCGUAGGCCAGUGGUGUGCAAACUUUUUUUAAAGAGGGCCGGAAAUGAAGGGUUUUUUUAGGGUUGAAGUUGUUGAGCUUUUUUUUAGGAUUUUACCCCAGGAAGGAAACUGCCACAGGAAGGAGCCAGAUAAAAUCCGACAGGCCGGACAGAGCAUUGAGUCAGACUUGGUAUAAGGCUUCUUCCUGUGUAUCUGUUUCAGCGGGACUAUGGCUCAGUGCCAAGAACAUCUUUGCACCCAGAAGGACCUUGGUUCAACUCCCUGCUUUGGUUAGAGCAUGGUGAUGAUAAUGCCAAGGUUGCAUGUUCAGGCCCCAUAUGGGACAGCUGCACAUUCCUGCAUUGCAGGGUUGGACUAGAUGAUCCUCAGGGUUCCUUCUAUCUCCACAAUUCUAUGAUUCUAAGUAUGCAAGUAUUUGCAUUCCUGCUAUCCUAACCCAACACACACACAUUUAAACUAGGCCACUGAGUGUUCAGUCGCCAGAGGUGAAUAUGCAAGAAAGUGCCUCAGCGUUUGCCUGACAGAACAGAAAGUAGAAGUUGGAAAAUGUGCCCCCUUUUUUGUUUUUCAAAAUGUGGCAACCCUAUUAUAGGCAACCCUUCCAUAGUGAUAGAGGAUGAGAUCCCACAUCGUGCCAGUGUACACAGUGGGAAUUCCCCUUCCUCUUCUGCCCCCUACAUCUCCCCCCCCCCGCCCCAUGUAUCUCAGAGGGUCCCUCAACCCACUGGAGCAGAUUUUGGGGUGCAUGGGUGACAGCAAGGAAAAUGAGAAAUAAAAUGUAUCACGUGUGCAAGUGGAAGUUCACUGCAUCAGUAGGGUGCAACAAUUGGAUAUUGUCUAUAAAAGAGCAAACUUUUACCUGUUAAUAAUAGUUAACUGUUGCUCUUGAAAACAUCAUCUGUCUAGUAAAUGCAUAUACAGCAAUUUUUGAUAUAGCAAUAAAUGUCUGGUGCUUGUUUUUUUUUGUUCCCUUGCUUUGAAAGGCUUUUUAGUCGUAGAGACCCUGAAGAGGAUGGAAUUCUUAAAAGACGGGGGAGACAAGGUCCAAAUGCUAACCUUGUCAAGACUUUAGUAUUUUUCUUUUUGGAAAGUGAGGUAUGUUUAUGAGUAACUUGUUCAUUUUAUAGAACUAUAGUUAAGAUAAAUGCUUGAUUUUUAUGGUGAUUUCUUCCAGAAGAGCAUACCAGGCAUUCAAGACUUUCUGAAUAGUAAGAAGUGUCUCACCCAAGUAUAGCAAUUUGCUUAAAAGAGCAGUAAAAUAGUUUUGCCACAGUUCAUUUUAUAUACAGUGGUACCUUGGGUUACAAACGCUUCGGGUUACAAACUCUGCUAACCCAGAAGUAGUUGCUCCAGGUUGCAAACUUUGCCCCAGGAUGAGAACGGAAAUUGCAGUGCGGUGGUGGCAGCUGGAGGCCCCAUUAGUGAAAGCGCGCCUCAGGUUAAGAACGGUUUCGGGUUAAGAAUGGACCUCCGGAACAAAUUAAGUUUGUAGCCGGAGGUACCACUGUAUCUGUUGAACAUUUUUUUAAACCAGGAUGUCUUUACAAAUCUGUUAUUAAAGGGAUUAUUUAUUUUACUGUAGAGGUAGUUUUUGAUGAUUAAACAGCUGCCUAGUGUGAGGCCGAGGCCUAUAUUUUUUUGGCUACACUAAUUAGUGGAAAAUGAGUUCAUGAAAAGUUUUGGCUACUCUGUUAAGAGUAUGAAUAUAAACAAUAUGGCCAGGAAGAUUGAACUCAUAGGCCACAUUUCCUUUGCUCUUCUGUGCACCUCCAAAUCUCUCCCUUUAUGAUUAUUGCUGACACUGUUUAGCAUUGACAGUUUUGAUAAUAGAAGCAUGAGGGGAGAAGAAGAGUUGUCUGAUUUGAGGUUCUUUGAGUGUUUUGCUGUGAUUAGAUCUUUCAAAUAACCAUGACUGUCACUGUCAAUUAAAAUGCAGCACACAUUUCUGAAUAAGUAAACCAGUUCAGGAUGCUUAAAUACACUUGUUUCAAGGGGUCAUCAUAGUAACUGCAAACAAGUAACAAAACAUUUUCCUGGUUAAUUGCCCAUAAUUCUGAUCAAUAUUAACACUUCCCUUUGAAAUUAUAAAUAACAGGAAUUAGUAUUAGCUCUUUCACAGCUUCAACAACAGUAGGGCUUUUCCUAACCAUUGGGGUAUACAUAUUAACUAGUUUUCCUGAGACAAAAUGUUAAAUACAGUUGAAUCUUUUUUAGUUACAUGAGCAUGCUGCUUACUUGGUGGACAGCAUGUGGGAUUGUGCCACUGACCUCUUGAAGGACUGGGAAUGUAUGAAUAGUCUUCUGUUGGAGGAGCCACUCAAUGGAGAAGAACGUAAGAUUUCACUGUAUUCUUCAGCAUCAAACUUUUUCAUAAGAAGACUUUAUAGUCUGGUUGGGAAGGGGUUUUGAUUUUGUAGAGGUUUCCUUUCUCAUGGAAGAGAAAGGGAAGCUCUUUUGUGUACAGAAAUCUGGGUUGCAACCAUUGGUUAGCAAAUAGUCCAUAUGUCUUGCAGUCCAUAGGUCAGUUUGGUUCUAUGCAUAUUUCCUUGGAAUGUACUCUUGGAUUGGACAUACUCUUUAUGAAGCAUAGUUUGUAGCCUAAAUCUGUUGAAUUUUUGUUGUUGUCUUCAACUUGGGGAUCAAAUGAAAUAUGUAUAUGUUUAAUAAACAAGUUCUCCAGAGAACUAUAGAGUGGAUCUUGCAGUGAUGAGGAGCAAAAUCCACUUUCCCUUGGUCUCUCACCAUGAUUUUUUAGUAUACAAAGUUAACCCCCUCCCCUAUUUCAUAGUCAAACCAGCAAAUGUGUUUUAAUAAACAAACAGAUGUCUGGUUGCUCCUCAGUUUUUCUGUAUAGGUAUUGUGGUUGUAGGAAUAAUGCUAUCUUGCAGAUUUAUACUGAAACAUCAUCCCUGAUAAUUUUAUUAAACAUUUGAAAUCAUUUUAAUACUAAAUCAGUACCUUGAGUUAAUUCUGCAGAUCAGUACCCUUGCUCCUGCUUUGUUCUUAUCAUGUGAAUCUCCCAUUUACUUUAUUCUGUAACAAUAAUACUGCUGUUUUCUUAAAGAAAGCAUUAAAAUGCAAAUACAGCCUUGAAUGUAGUACAAAAACUGUAAAACAUUACUAUUACUUCCAAACCUGAAUUCAAACUCAUAAUUGUACACAUUUGUUGUUUUCUACUUAAUCUUGAUGCCCCAGUUGCAAGUUUAAGCUAUUAACAUAAUUCCAGUGGAAAACCUUUAUUACUUAUAUCUAAGGCUUCAUAAGCGGGUAUGUUCUUAGUAAAAAUGAGUUGAAAUAUUUUGAUCUUUUUUAUAAUUUCAGCUUUAACAGACAAACAGGAAAGUGCACUAAUUGAAAUAAUGCUGUGUACAAUUAGGCAAGCAGCUGAAUGUCAUCCGCCUGUAGGAAGAGGCUCAGGAAAGCGGGUAUGGUUUUGUUUCUGUAAACUUAUAGUAUGGCAGUAGUGCUGAAUUCAUUCUCAUAUUUGAUUUUAAUAAUAAGGCUUUCUAGCAAAUGAAAAACUGUGUUGGUAAUUCUUCACAUAUGUUGUGACAGAUGGAUGCAGUACAAUGUCAGUAAUGUUGCAUUGUUAAAAUACGUAUCAAAAGACCCUAUAGUUGUGUCCCAAAAGCCUUUUAACUUUCAUUGGAUUAUUACAUUAAAUCAGAAGUAAGAUGUGCUGAUUGGAAGAUGAACUCAUGCCUAGUGUACAUAUUAGUGAAAGUAUCUUAACUUUAACUAAAUUAUCUUUUGUCUCAAAGACCAGAGUAAAGCAAUCCCAAGUUCCAAUACUGAAAUUUGGUCAUAGAAUUGUGGCACAUUUUUGUAGCAUUAGCACUUAUUAAUUCUACGAUGCAAUAACUUUAUGUAGUGUAAAUUGUGUGGCUGUUGAAAACAUGAUUCUAUACCCAUUGCUUAACUUUGGUUGUACAUUGGUUAGAGGAUUCAGUUAAUAAGCAACUAAUAAAUGUAAACAAGAAAUUUUAGUUUGCUCCUUUAUAUGAAUCUGUUCAUACAUGUGGCAUCUGUACCAAAUUCCCUACACGUAAUUGUCACUGGGCAGGUAUGAGCACAUGGAUGGGUGGGGAUUCUGGCGCAGCUGCUGCACAUCUAAGCCACGCCUGUUCUUUAUUUUAUAUAUUAACUCCAGAAAGUAGUACAGCAUAGCAUGUCUUUGAAUAACAGUUGCUGGAGAACAACAGUGGCAUAGAGCUAUUGUUCUUGUGUCCUGCUUUUGGGUUUCCCAGGGGCAUGUGGUUUGCCACUGUUGAAAACAGGAUGCUGGACUAUAUUGGCCUUUGGUCUGGCGCAGCAGGCUCUUGGGUCUACUAUGAGUUACAUUUUUAUAACUUAGUAAGUUACUGGUUGUACUAAACAACUGUUGAAACUGUUGAUAUGAUCACUUAUUUAGUUAUAACUAUCCUCGCACUUUCAAUGUAGGUACUUACGGCAAAGGAGAAAAAAGCACAGUUGGAUGACAGGACAAGGAUCACAGAACUUUUUGCUGUGGCACUCCCUCAGCUGUUAGCAAAAGUGAGUGAUUUAUUUCUCUCUCUUUUUAAGACCACAAUUACAUAGGAAGCUGCCUAUGCAGUCUCAGACUAUUGGUCAAUCAAUCUCAGUAUUGUUUACACUGACUGGCAGCGGCUCUCCAGGAUUUCAGACAGGAGUAACUUUCUCAGUCCUACCUAGAGAAGCCAGGGAUUGAACCUGGGACCUUUUGCAUGGAAAUAAUGUGCUUUGCCCUUCUUGUGUAAUUUUCCACUGGUCCCAGCACUUGAAGAGGCAUACAGAAAGAUUGCAUUUGGAGAAGUUACUUGGUUAAUGAAGUUAACAGUGCUGAUUAAUAAUGAAUAUUUUUGAUUUCCUGGUGAAACUCAUGUCUGGAAUUGUAGAAUGCAUAAUUUGAUAGAAAGCUGGUAUUAAAAUUUAACAAAUACAUGAUUAUGUGGGGCACUUUUGUUUUCUUUUAAAAUAUUUGAGCUUUGUUUUCUUUAUCAAUUUCUACAGUAUUCUGUAGAUGCAGAGAAAGUCACCAACUUGUUACAGUUGCCACAAUAUUUUGAUUUGGAAAUCUACACAACAGGGAGAUUAGAAAAGGUAAGUAAAUUUGCAAGUAUAGAAGAAUAAAGGGAAUAAAAACUGAACAAAUCCUCCUAUUAAACAGAUAAUUGUAUAUUGGGGGUUAGCAGCAUUCCAUAGUGGGGGCUAUUGCAGGCUUGGCUAUGGAGCAGAUAGCUUCAAGAGAAUGCAACUCUUGUAACAGGUGAAGCCAAUACCUACCUCUUUUGAAAUAAGUAGUUUUAAAGAAAUUCCUUUUGGGUUUGCUUGUUUGUUUGCUUGCUUUUGUUUGUUUGUUUGUUCUACUUGAUCAAAUAACCAGAAAAAAUAUGUUUGCUGUACUUACUUGAUAAUUUUGAUUUGUCUUUUGUAGCAUUUGGAUGCCUUAUUGCGACAGAUCCGGGAUAUUGUUGAAAAGCACACCGACACAGAUGUUUUGGAAGCUUGCUCUAAAACGUACCAUGCACUCUGUAAUGAAGAGUUCACAAUAUUUAACAGAGUGGACAUUGCAAGAAGUCAGCUAAUGGAUGAACUGGCUGACAAAUUCAAUAGACUUCUUGAAGAUUUUCUGCAAGAGGCAUGUAUCUUGUUUUAGUUGUGUGUGUGUGUGUGUUUUUUUUCUUGCUUUAGCAUUCAAGCUAGCAUUCUCACUGGCCAGAUAGCAAAAAGCUUCUCACAAGGUACAAAACCCCAACAAUUGUGUUUAUUUGUAAGGUUCUCUUGUUACAUAUUACAUGAGGCAAUAUAAGAUAUAUUUGUUUCUCAUUGCUCCUUGUAAGAACAAAAAACCUCAACAAUUGCAGGUACUUCAUAUAUGGCCUGAAAUAGAAAGCAUUGAUAGUUGUUGAUUUUGUGAGUGCUUUUCAUUUGAGCUACUCAUAAAAUAUUACUUUACCAUUUAUUGAAGAUACUUACUUUUACUGCAACUGUAUAAUUUUUUAACAGGGUGAAGAGCCUGAUGAAGAUGACGCUUAUCAGGUCCUAUCAACAUUAAAGCGAAUCACUGCUUUUCAUAAGUAAGUACAGGAACAGCCUGUCCGCUUCUUGCAACUCUCAACUCUUUGUUUUAAUAAGAAAUUUAAAUUCUAAUCACUGAGAAGUUUUAAAAGUGCUAAAAUUAAACUAUUUAUUUCAAAAAAUAAUUUUUAAAAUAAUUGACAGUAGUGCUGUGAUCAUUUUAGCAGCCAUGUAUUAUGCAGGCAUUUGACUACUUUCUGCUCAAUAUGCCCAACUUCUGUUCCUGCUGGUCUUUUCCCCUAUUAACAUUACCACAUUUCAUGUUUGUGUAAAGAGGCAUUCACUCUUUUAAUACUAGAGAGAGAGAGUACUACCAGUUAGUCUUCAUGUUAGCUCUUUCUUUAGAACCACUUACUUAGGGAAAGCUGUGCAUGAAUCUGUCUUGUCUUGUUUGAAGGUGGACAUUAAAAACCUGUACAUGUGUCCACUACCUACGUGUCUUCUAUGUACACUCCCAAUAUUAAGCUGAGGGAAGGUUCAGCAUCUUUUUUUGCUAGAGUUACAGUGUGCUUUUUUUAAAAAAAAUAUGAAUGAGUUUACCCUUAUUCUUAUACCCACAGGAAAUUCAUAUGUAAGAAAAUAAAGAAAUAUUGUCUUACUACAUGAAAUGAAAGAGACCGAAUAUAUGGAUGCUGCUUCAAACAGCAAAAUUUUAAAAUAAUUAGGCAACAAAUCUUACAACACUUAUUUUUAUCUAAAGAGUAAAAGAAUCCUUAACUAUUCCCAAAAGUUUCAUUACUUGCUUGAAGUCAAUUGUUUCCUGAGUCUUCAGGUUAUCUUACUGUUGACUAUGUGGGACACAUUCCUUUACAGGAGAUGUUGAUUAAAUUUUGCUGGUAACCAGAUUAUUUCUGCAGUACGUUACGUAAAUAGUCUUAGGAGGUUAGGAUGGUUGCUCAGUGCUUUCCAGGACAAAUUUGAGAUAAGAACUAGACCAAGAUCUGGAAAGUUCAUUUAGGAAUAUAUUUUAUAUUGAAUGAUACCAACUGUGCUGAUGCCACAAUCUAUUCUACAGUAAAAAGCUAUUUACAGAUUGGCACCCCUGUUUCCUUCCUCUUCCAAUCCAGGGGAAGGGGCAAGGAGGGAAAAUCAGGCACAUUUCAUCCUCCAUGACUUGGUGCUGUGCAAAGCACACUGGAACUCUGUAGCAGGAGUGGGGAUAUUUAUUCAUAUCAAGGGUUGUAUUCCAUUAUGGGGAACCUUCUGGGGGCCACAUGACUGUUGUGGGCAGAGUCAGAGGCAAAAGUUGGGGCUGCAAUAGGUGUGGCCUAGAGAGGUAUGAGGACCACCUAAGGUUUCCUCUUCUGUGGUGAUAACAUGUCUAGAUCUGUUAUAAGGAGAGUAAUUCAACUAAUGCCUAAGGGUAGUUGCACUGUGCUGCUUGCACUGUAUUGCAAGGAAUACAGUAAUCAGUGCAUUGCAAAGUGGGAGAGAAGGUGUGAUGAAAUUGAACUGUUCAUUUUCUUUCUAUUUCAGUGCUCAUGAUCUGUCAAGAUGGGAUUUAUUUGGUUGUAACUACAAGUUAUUAAAAACAGGCAUUGAGAAUGGAGAUAUGCCUGAACAGGUUUGUAUAUUUAAAAAAGCAGUAAUAGGAAAAAUACAUCUAAGAAAACAAAAAUCACAGUCCUUUUUUUAAUAACCAUUUUAUCUUGUGUUUUAAACACAGAUUGUUAUUCAUGCUCUGCAGUGUACUCACUAUGUAAUCCUUUGGCAGCUAGCAAAAAUUACUGACAGCAGUUCUACAAAGGUAAGCCUUGUUAUGAUGAUGGUGGCAACUUAUAGUUUCAUAGAAUGAAAUGUGUAAUAGCAGUGUGUCACCAGGUCAAGCUACUUGAAGUGCCUGUCAGUAUGAUGGGGGGCGGGGAGAGAAGGACAGCUGGUAACCCUUCUGACCUCUGAAGGGCAGGGUGGAUUUAUUGAGCUGAGGGAGGGAGGUCUCUCAUUUAAAUGACAUAAAUGGGACAUCUCUUUUCAGCCGCUUAUUUCUAUCUGUAAUGAGGAGAACAGAGGAAUGCAAUGUGUGAUCCAGAAACCUGCUUGAAACUUGCACAGCGUAUAAUUCCAAGGGUCAAAUAAGCUGCAAUUAUACUACAUGUUUUUUGUUUCUUUUCUUAGAUCAUUUCUAUUUUAUGACACGUUCUUAGUUAACAUACAUUUUUUGUUUAACAAGCAAGUAUAAUUUAAAGCAUUGCAUAUUAUUUAACGUUCUGUUUCAAAGGAGGAUCUUCUACGCUUAAAGAAACAGAUGAGGGUAUUUUGUCAAAUCUGCCAACACUACCUUACCAACGUAAAUACUGCUGUUAAAGAACAGGUUAGUCACUGUUUUACUACUUGGCCCCUUUGUAUGUAAGUGAUUGAAGAAACAUAUAUAUAUAUAUAUAUAUAUAUAUAUAUAUAUAUAUAUAUACGCGCGGGUAUAUACACACACACACACAAUUGUGUAAUAGUGCAAAUUAUUAGGAUGCUAACGUUUAGAAUAUUGGAAAGGCAGUAUCUUUAGAUUGUUUCAGCAUAUGGCAUAUGAAAACACACUUUUGUUUGAUAUUUUAGUUGAAUAAUUUCUAGCCCUGGGGUUGCCAUUGCAGUGCUCAAUGGCAACCUGGUACCCCAGAACACCUACAUUAGUUCCACCGCCCUGCCCAACGAUCAAUUAAGAAAAUUGAUUUUUUUAUUUUAAAAAAGGGCUUUCAGCUAUUUUCAACCCAGAAUGCUUCUAGGUGCACAUGGGCCUGGAUGGUAGAUGGACUGGAAAUUACUCAGGUACUGCCUUUAGAAAGGUGAAUAUAUAUGUGCUAAAAUACAUAGCUCUCUCACUAGAUUUAGUAGAGCUCCUCAGAAUAAAAGGUAAGCUGGGGGAGGGGACUGUUUCAUUAGGUUUUUGUUUUAUUUUAUUGGAUGUCAUUCUUUUGGUGUUUGAAAGGUUAAUAUUUAGAUAAAUGGGAAACUUAGUUGGAUCCUUACUUUACAAGUUUAGCAUAUCAUAUCUCUGGUUGAUGAUGACUAUAACUGUUUAUUGGAUUCCUUGCCACAAUAAUACAAUCAUACUAAAAUCUGUUAAUGCUUAAAAACGGAAGAAUAAGGUGGGUCCUAAAACAUCUCAGGUGUCAAAGGUCAGGGUCUUCAUAAUAUGACAGACACAAUGUAAUGAUGGUGUGGGAAUUCCACAUCUAACAGCCUGCAACAGAAAAAUAUAUAUAUAAUUAUGGUUCUUAUCAUUAUUUUUUGCAGGCCUUUACAAUUUUGUGUGAUGUAUUAAUGAUCUUCAGUCAUCAGAUUAUGUCAGGAGGUCGUGACAUCUUAGAGCCGCUAGUUUAUACUCCUGACUCUUCAUUGCAAGCUGAAAUGUUGAGUUUUAUUCUCGAUCAUGUCUUCAUUGACCAGGAUGAUGAUAACAACAGUGCAGGUAUAAGGCUGUGAAAUCAUCUUCUAAUCAUAUUGACAGAAUCUGAAUAUGACCCAAAAGACUUGGGUUCUCCCUUAAUCUGCUAAAUCACUGGCUUCCUCAGAAUAGCUUGCCUGUUUUCUUAUCUUAUCACAUGAGUUCUCAGCUGCAGUCUGAAGUGGUACAGUGCAGACACAUGUUUAUCACUUGAGUGGGAAUUAGGCCCUAGCUUUCACCAUAUUUUCAUCAUUGCAGUCUAAAUUGUAGUAACUCACGUUAGCUUAGAAUAUGUCAUUUACAACAGUUAGAAAUUUGUGGCCUUGCAUUGUGUCCUGCUUUCAGUUACCUUUAAAAGAUAGCUCUAUGAUUCCAUGAAAUACCAGUCUAAGUGUAAAUUCUUGUAAAAAAGUUGGAAAGGGAUCAUACAAGAAAUGAAUAAAGAGAACUUAAAUCAACUACCAAAACUAUUCUGUGCUACAGUGUACUUAAAGUUUUAUUUUCUUUUUAAAGAUUGCCUUGUUAAUACAGUGUAGCUGGCAAAGCAUUUGGUAGUCACUUCUUUUUUCCUGCUGUCAUAGGUUAUUUUCAACAACAUUUUCAGCAGCUGUUAAUAAAGGUCCAGUUGAUGAGAAUUGAUUUUUUAAUGCUGUGCACCUUAUUUCAUUUCUCAGAUGGACAGCAGGAUGAUGAAGCCAGUAAGAUUGAAGCUUUGCACAAAAGAAGAAAUUUGCUUGCAGCUUUUUGUAAACUUAUUGUAUAUACAGUGGUGGAAAUGAAUACUGCUGCAGAUAUUUUUAAGCAAUAUAUGAAGGUAAUUCAGCAUUUCUGAUCUUCUGAAAAUGGUGGGGUGGGGCUUUCAUGUUAACUGGUUGCUGUCAGCUAGCAUGUUCUCAUUUUUCAAGUAUUUUAUAUUUCCUUUUUAUGUGUGGCUGUUAGACCAUAAACAGUUCAUAUACUUGAUUCAUAUUAGAAUACAUUUGUUUUCCUUAUGUCUUGUAUUGAUAGAAUGCAUGUCUUGCCUGGGCCCUGGGAAUGUCUUGUUAAAUUGUAGUUAAAUGAAAUAUUUUAAAGUCCUUUUUUAGUAUCUCUUCAAUUGACUUCUUGACACUGUUAAGAAGUGACUGUUUGCUGCCAGCAAGUCAAGCUGUUUUGUGUGUUUUCUCUCCCUUGUAGUAUUACAAUGAUUAUGGAGAUAUAAUCAAAGAAACAAUGAGUAAAACAAGGCAAAUAGAUAAAAUCCAGUGUGCAAAGACUCUGAUUCUCAGUUUACAACAGGUAAGUACUUCCUCAAUUAAAGUACCAAUGGUUGCUAAAAACAGACCUUAUUAAAAUAAAUUAGUGCAACUCAAGUUAUAGGAGUAAUUCUAUUUAUAUCUGAGUCCAUUGUUAUGCCCAUGAAGCUCUGCGAUACUUAAUGCUAACUUUAAUAAGCAUUGACAAUUAGGAAAUUUCUGGGAACAAAUCACAUUUCAUAUGUUUGUGAUUUCUCUCAAAGAGAAAUUCAAUCACUUAAAUGUAUGCGAGUGUGCAUAGGCCAUGUGUUGGACUACCCUCACCUGAAGGAACAGGGUUUCCCAUGUGUUUCCCUCAGUCUGUAAAUUAAUGGGUUGAAUAAUAUUUGUCAGCUUGCAUCACCCUGCAGGCCAUCAGACGAUAAUUCUGAAAUACUUUAAUAAAUCCUUAUUAAUUAAUAUUAAUGCCCAAGUUCACAAUGUCCAAAUUCAUUAAGCACAUAUCUUCUAUGCUCUUCUUCACCUUGCAUAAAUUUUAGAACUAGUACUAACACCAAAUUGCAAAAGGUUUACUGAAAAUAAGUUGACAUAUGGGUAUGCACAUUGUAAGCUUCAAUCAAGUUUUGGGGGAUGGAAUUCAGCAGACAGAAUGCUCUGUACACUUCAUUGUAUUGUUAUAAGUAAUACUCCCGUCUUUAUAAACUUAUAUCUUGCUGGAGUGUAAGCAAAGUUAGUAUUUUAUGUUGAAAGACUAGCUCUUAAGAUGGUUUUGGUUAAAGUUGGUAGAAGACGCUCAUUUUUUAAGAUUUGGGGAAAUAGUCAGAUUAUGCAUUAAAUUAUACAAAAGUUUAUUAAGACUGAAAAAUGCUUUCUUUAUGCAGCUUUUCAAUGAGAUGAUUCAAGAAAAUGGGUAUAACUUUGACAGAUCAUCACCAACUUUCAGUGGCAUUAAGGAGUUAGCUCGACGUUUUGCUUUAACAUUUGGACUCGAUCAACUGAAAACAAGAGAAGCCAUUGCUAUGCUACACAAGUAAUUGCUCCCAUUUUUUUGUUUUUUGUUUUGUUUCGGAAAACACAAAUGCAUUCUGGAGUUUUGAAUUACUAUUUAGCUUUUUGUGAAUUUUAAUGUGUGAUCAGUCUCACCAUUUCUAGCAGGUGGAAGGUCUAAAAUAAAUAGUACCGUAUUUUUCGCUCUAUAGGACGCACUUUUUCCCUCCUAAAAAGCAAGGGGAAAUGUGUGUGCGUCCUAUGGAGCGAAUGCAAGGGGGAGGCAGGCGGGAAAAGCCCCCAAGAGCCGCACACAAGCUUCGUGCGCUCUUGCGGGCUUUUCCCCAGGAGGGAGAAGGGACUGACUGGCUGCAUUAGUCCCUUCUCCCACCUCCCAGAAAAACCAGGAGAAGCCGCGCAGCCACUUUAAAGAGCUGGCGGCUUCUGCCAGUUUUGCGGGAGGUGGUGGAAGCAGGGUGCGGGGGUGUAGGGGAGAAAGAGGGCAGGAAAUAGAUGCCGGGCAGGAAGACACAACCACACUUUGACCACUGGAAUGUCCACCCCAGCCUCCCCAGAUUUCCACUGAGACGGCCAGGCUAAUCUCGAUGGCCAUAAGUCAGGCUCAGCAUUAUUAACUGGACUUAGAUAAGCCAUGGUUCCCCUUCCUACCCUCCUCUGAAGCUCGAUUUAAAGCAGCAAAUGGACAGGAGCCGCCCGCUUUGCUGCUUUAAAUAGUUUAGUGCAACAUUUGAUUCAGAAUAUUUGUGUGUGUGUUUUCCUCCUCUAAAAACUAGGUGCGCCCUAUGGUCAGGUGCGCCCUAUGGUGCGAAAAAUACAGUAUAUUAAAUUCUAGCCAAUUCAGUCUUUGUGGUAGGGGUAGAACCUGUGGCGCAGAGGCCAAAUAUAACUCUCCAGGCAUAUGUGAACCUCAGUUUGAAAGAUUCACCACCUAGGUAACUUCCUGUAAUUUCAGCAAUACUAUCACACAAACCCCUUGGAGGUCUGUGCAUUUUACUCCAUCUGCUGCACAAUAGCUUGCUUUCUUCUAGCCUAGCUGGGCAUAUCAGAAAGUAGACCAUGAUAUUUCUGAAGCUUUUUUAUGAUGAUAAGGCUGUAGUUUAGUGGCAGAGAACCUGUUUUGCAUGAAGAAGCUCUGAGGUUCAAGACCUAGCUUCACCUUUGUUUUUCAAAGUUGGGCAUCAGCAGUGGGUAGACUUUCAUAAAGCACUUUCAUAUGUGCACACAACACCAAAAAGAAAAGUGUCAUACUUUGAAUUUCCUGUAUUCCAUGAGAAUACAAAAACAAAUAGGAAAAAUCCUUUUAGCUUCAUUUAAAAUGUUUAAUUUCAAUUGAGAACAAUGUUUCAUUCACAGUUGUAAAAUACAUGAUUUGCAAUAUUUGAAAUGUAAAAAAUACUGUUUACCCUUUUGAAAUAUUUUUCUAGCAUCAAUUGUUUUGGAGCCUUUUCAUGUCAAAGGGAAAUCUUACUGUAUGUUUUUCAAUUUUUUGCCCUUUGUGAAAACUUAUUUAUAACUGCUCACUUCAAUUCUUAAUUGUUUUCAGGGACGGCAUAGAGUUUGCUUUUAAAGAGCCUAACCCUCAAGGUGAGAGCCAUCCACCAUUAAAUCUGGCAUUUCUUGAUAUAUUGAGUGAGUUCUCAUCCAAACUUCUCAGGCAAGACAAAAAAACAGUGUAAGUACAUUCUUUAUAUUUGGAUUUUCUUACAAGCUACACAGAUGUCUUUUAAGUAUCAUCAUUUGUUCUUUUAAGAACAUUUCUGUAAUAUAUUUCUCUGAGAAUAGCUGUGCCUUAAUGUGGAACACUUUAUCUUCAGUUUGCUUAAUAAUUAAUUAAAAUAGAAUUGUUUCAGAAUGUUGUGGGUGGACAAACUUUAGCACUGGGACAUAGUGCCCAAGUCUUCUUGUGCUGUUUGAGACACUAGAAUUAGGACAAGAUAUACAUGUAGGUUGUCCAUGAUGUAUGGAACAAGAAUAGCUUUUACCAAAAAUUCCAGAGGAGAAUUUGAUAGUAGUUCCAGAGCCAACAUUCCAUUCCAUUCCAUUCCAUUCUAGCUCUAGGGGUCUGUUUGCUAUUACAUUCCAGAUUAGGGCCAACUCAACAGUCCUUUCUAACUUGAUGCAGUCUGCUAGUGGGGUGCAGAAUUAUUAUUACAAUUAUUAUUAUUAAAUUUGUAUACAACCCUUGAUCCAAAGAUCACAGUGUGGCUCAUAACAUACAAAUACCAAAUGAGAACACAAAAUACAUAAUAACCCAAAAACAAAAUGAGCAGAUGUAAGAAUGGCUAGAGUUUGUGCUGACAAAAGCAAUACAUGGACAUGGCUGCUAGCUGUUUUGUUAUUGUAGGGAGAAUUGCUACUUAAAUGCUGUUUCUGUCUUUAGACCUUUGAAUUUAAAAGCUUUAGAGAACUGUGUCAUUACUUUUGAUAUUUUUAUGUUAAAUAUAUAUCCAGUGUGUGUUAGUAAUAAUUUAUUGUUCCUUCUUAAAGGUACGUAUAUCUGGAGAAGUUCAUGACUUUUCAGAUGUCUCUCCGAAGAGAAGAUGUGUGGCUUCCACUCAUGUCUUACAGGAACUCUUUGCUGGCUGGGGGUGAUGACGAUACUAUGUCAGUCAUUAGUGGAAUCAGUAAUCGAGGGUCUACAGUAAGGAACAAAAAAACAAAACCAGCUACAGGGAAGCGGAAACUACCAGAAGGUUUGGAUUUUUAAUGUUUUCAUUGCAGCAUGUUUGGCUUUCAACUUGAGAAGUGCUAAAAUGUAAAUUGUAGUACAGUUCCUGAUUUCAUUUAAUGGGAAGGCCUCUCUCACAAAACCUUAGCUAUUUGUAGCCCACUGUUUCCAAAGAUCUGACCCAGCUGUCAUAUAUAAAAUAAGAAAGCUUUCAGCUUAAUUUGGCUUAGUGAAAAUAACAUAUUUAUUGUACUCCAGGCCACUGACUUGUGUGAUCCUGCCUCCCUUCGUGGUUUUCUGAAACCAUAGUUGCUCUUCUGUGACUUCUGACAGACCUUGGGCAAACUUUUGUUAGGGCCAGAAAGGGAUUUCUAUGAGUUGAAGCGGUUUUGCAGAUGCAUGUUUUGCAGGCAAGGCUGGGUUGGCAGGAAACGACCUAUCAGUGGUGGUGGGGAUGAAUGACUCUAUGCCAUAUUCCUGAUAGCCAUAUAAUUUCAGGGAGUGGUAAUUGGAGCCAUAUAAUUUUAGGAAGUGGUAAUUGGAUUUUCUGCAUUGCGUCUAUGCCUGUUGAUUCUUUUUUCCUGCAGUACAGGAGGGGACCAUCAGGUGAGUUGCUCCAGUAGUCAGGCAGAGCUAAUGUGCCUACGAAGUGGGAAUGAGAUGUUGUUGUUAUUUGUGUUGAGGUCUACUGCUAGGUCUGUGCAACCACACUAGCUCUUUUUCUUCCUUUGACUUUCUUUUCUUGGAGUUACUGACAAGGGGGACACUUAAAAAAGAAGAAAGGAACUCAAGAAAAAGACAAAGAUUUAUUCUUUUGGAGGUAACCAGUACAGGCAGCACUGCCUAGCAAGUACAGUGCUUCCAGCCCAGAAGUCUUGUUGGAGGGAGGCAGGGGCAAAGGAGGGAAGUGCUCAGAGCUACAGAAAGCAAAGGGUUGAGCAGCUAAUGUGGUAGGCCUAUUCCUGCCAAUCAAUCUGUCCCCUGGCAUUUGUUCCUGAUGACCUAAAGCCUCCUGAAAUGAGGUUUCCCUGCAUUCAUCAGGGAAGUUGUGCCAAUCCAGGAUUGGACAGUGGUAGGUCAGGAGCUGGGAGUGGCUAGCACAGAUUGUCUCACUCACCCAUGAUUAACCAGGCCUUUACUCUGAAUUUGGCAGAUUGUUUUGGUGAGCAGCCCUGUAGCAAAACAGCUGCAGGAAGGACCUAGACCCCAUAUGCUUUCUCUACAUCCUAAAGAGUGUGCUCUGGGUCCAAUGGCUUCACACAUGUCAAUCACAGUGGAAGCAGCGGGGGCUCAUCGGGGGAGUCCAUAGCAAGCACCCAGUCACAGAAGAGUUUAAGCAGCUGUGCCUCAGGACAGUUAAGACUCAAAGACUGGGCAAGAGACUCCAAGAUAUAUAAGAUAUAUUAAUAAGCAUCCUUGAGGGAAGUACCCUAUCUGAGAAAGGUGCUCAUUGAAGUGAAAGUAGUUUGCUUUGCUUUGUACAAAAUGAUAGUUUCUUGCCAGGGUAUUUUAUUAGUGCACUGUACUCUUAGAGACGUGACCUAUAUCACUGCAGUUUUGUUUAGUUGUUUUAGUUAAGGGUUUUGAAUUCUAAAGCUGUUUUAUCUCUUUAGCUGAGGAAAGCAGCAGUAGCGACAGCAUGUGGAUGAACAGGGAGCAGACAAUGCACACACCUGUCAUGAUGCAGACGCCGCAGCUCACUUCCACCAUCAUGAGGGAGCCCAAAAGAUUGCGGCCUGAAGAAAGCUACAUGGGUGUCUAUCCAAUGCAGCCUGAACACCACCAACCUCCACUUGAUUACAAGUAUAUACACACUUCUCUCCUUUAUGCUUUGCUGCUACUACUGAAAUAUUUGGUCUGCCCUUCUUUUAAAAUCUUGUUUAUUCUUCUUUCAAGUACGCAGGUAACAUGGAUGUUAGCUCAAAGGCAGCAGGAAGAAGUAGCGAGACAGCAGCAGGAGAGAGCAGCCAUGAACUACGUGAAGCUGAGAACCAACCUGCAGCAUGCCAUGUAAGCUCAAGCAACAGUUGCCUAUAUAUAAUGUUGCUUAUUCUUCGCUGGUAUGUUUUGUCCUUGGGUUUACAUUAUUUAUCUCUUAAUUGUAGUCCUUGUGCCUUGAUACAUCUGGCCAAGAUCUAAAGAACUCUGAAACUAGCUUCCUUUGGGGGUUUAGUCUCAAGUUUCUCACAUGAACUUUCCCAAUGCCACACAGCAAAGUGCCUUUGAAAUUGGUGGAGUUUCUAGUACUACAACAACAACAACAAAAUAUUAUUAUUAUUAAUGCUACCCAUCUGACUGGGUUGCAUAAAAUCACAGUAAACAUCAAAUGUUUAAAAUGUUUCAUUCUUUUGGAACAGCUGUUCUCAACCCAUUCAUUCUGCCCUGUGUACCUGAAUGAUAAGCAAGGGGUGCAGUGUUUGCCACAUUGGACACAAAUUUAUAUCAACAGUACUAGCUAGCUUGCCAGGGGAUGGGGUGGGGGAUAAGGAGGAAUUGCAAUUGCACUAGUUCCAGAGCCAUAGCAGGAUAUAGAUGGGAAGACAAAUGAGAAUACAAUGUGGACUGCACUCAAGGAAUAUUUGUCUUUGGCUGGAACCCUGGACAGUCAUUUCACGUGGUGCAAGCCUUUGAAUGCAGCCAUCAUCUUAAAAGAGUUGCUGAAUCCCUGCUCAUAGUUAGUUAAAAAUGAUGCAUUAUGUGCCUGCAUAUAAGGAGGGCAAAGCACUAGCACAUCUGAUGCUUUCUGAAGCCGCUUACUCAUUAGAAACUGCUAGUGUUGGGUCUUGAUGCAAACUGUAUCUUUGAGAUUGUUCUUAAUUUAUGUUUCAAACAUACAUAUUGGUGAAAGGCUAGGCAUUGUUCACACAUUUAUUUAUUACAUUUUUAAGUUGUUUCAUUCUCUGAGUGACUUUUUUUUUUGAGAUAAACUUUUGAGAGCUUCCAAUAGUCGAGUUUUUAUUGCCAGUGCUUACUUUCUGUAAGUAACUUGAUGGCAAAUGCCAAUGGAUUUUUUAUAUAAGUUAUAUGUAUUACACGACUAAGUUAAAAUUCUGUAUUACUAUUUAAAUAGCAGUCGACGUGGCACAAGUCUAAUGGAGGAUGACGAGGAGCCAAUUGUGGAAGAUGUGAUGAUGUCAUCAGAAGGGCGCAUUGAAGAUCUCAAUGAAGGCAUGGAUUUCGAUACCAUGGACAUAGAUUUAGUAAGAAAAAUCAAUUACUGCUAUCUUAAAGCUUUUCCUCUGCUGUAUCUGUCUUCAUAAGAUGGCUAUAGCAUUGCACUGAUUCUGCCACAGCAGGUUUUAGGCUGCAAAUGUUGCUUUUGUGCGAACUAAAUCUGGAUGCACCAUUUCUUUGCCUAGUAUGUCAACUAAAUUAAAUGUUAACAGAUCUCUAGAUUUUAUUCACUGGCUGACACAUUUUAAAUAAAACUCGUAGAAGUUUGUGUAUUAAUUUUAGAUGGUCUAAGCAGAUUGCAUAAAUAAACAUCCAAAUAUGAUGAUACUUGGUUUGCUUUUCAGCCACCAUCAAAGAACAGGAGAGAGAGAACAGAGCUAAAGCCAGAUUUCUUUGAUCCUGCUUCAAUCAUGGAUGAAUCUGUAAGUGUGAUAUGACAAGCUGGGUAAUGUAUUUAAUUGCAAUAUUUGAUGAUCUACAAAUUAGUUUGUCAGGGCGAACAUCACUUCCUCCUUGGCAGCUGUGGUAAGGACCUUCUACUUGGCUCAGAGCUUGGAAGGUGCUAGCACAUAAAUUCUGCGUUCAUUCCAGAGGUACUCCCAGUUGAGCCUGAAGGUUGCCAUGAAAUGGGCUGCCCCUUCCUCCUGAGUUUGUAUCUAGUAGGGGAAUUGUUCCUGACCUCUAGUUACAGUACUAGUGCCCCUGAAGCUCAUGGUGAGAUGAGGCACAGAACCACAAAUUUUGACUACUCUAGUGAAAAUGUGGACCCAUUAAAAUAGAACAAAAGUUACAAUAAAAAAUAAGAGACUAAACACCACAGAACCUUUCUCCUAUAGAGUAUCUUCCCAAUGUAAAAACAAUUGUGUUACAGUCAUACCUCGGAAUAAAUACGCUUCAGGAUAAGUAUUUUCAGGUUACGCUCCGCGGCGACCUGGAAGUAAUGGAGCGCGUUACUUCCGGGUUUCACUGCUCGCACAUGCGCAGACGGUCAAAAUGACAUCAUGCGCGGAAGCGGCAAAACGCGCAGACGUACUGUUGCAUCUUAUGUUCUAUUUGGGAUGCGAACGGGGCUCCGGAACGGAUCCCAUUUGCAUCCCAAGGUACCACUGUAGUUAUUGGGCUCUAUUUGACUUGUAUUUCAUUCACUCAUAAGUAGGUCAGGUUAAGUAAUUAGGAGUUGGAAAGAGCCUUUGAAGGUGAUCUGUAAACUGUUUAGUCACACAGAUACCCCAGCUGCUGCUUCCUGAUUGCUAAAAGGCUCUUGAAUCCAAUCAUGGGAAAAUUAAUAAUGAAUGGCAUAUUUUUACAGUAUUUAAUCUAAACCACAAUCCACUUAAAAUUAGCAUCCUGUUGCCCUUCCAGCUUCCUUUCUUUUCUUGCAUUUAUAUCCUCCUUUUUCCCCUCAUGGAACCCAGGUUGUCACACUUUUGUCAAGAGUAGUCCUUUUUUGUCAUGGGUGUGACCGCAAAAUAGCUACCAAUGUGUGUUGGGGGGUGUGGUGGGGUGGCUAGUCAUAAACUUUGAAGAGCACCCUCUGACUCAAUGUCUUUUCUACAUGUGUGAUUCUUGGUCCUGUCUCUGUUUUCAUUUCAUUAUAUUCUUCCCAUCCCUAGUCUCUGAUCUCUCCCCACCUUCCUUUCCUGCCUUUUUCUUUCCUUGGGUUGGUGGUGAUUUUUUUGUAGGCAGCUGUAAUCUUGGGUCCCCCAAAUGCAUUGCUUAAAAUCAACACCAUGCAUUUGAGGGGUUUAAGAUAGCAGUGACCUGCUGCGUAUGGCAAAUGAACAUCUCUCUUACAAAAGUUCCAUUGCCUUCCAUUCUGGGGAACAUGGGGAUAGGUAGGAUUAAGGGAACAGCAGCAGGGGUGGAUUGGUGUCACAGCGGAUUGGUGCCAAAGUGGAAGGUGCACCAAGGAAUGCUGGCCUAGAGUAAAUCAGUAAGUUCCUUUUGCUUGAAUUGGAAAAGUAGCAGCAUUUUAUCAAUUGCACCACAAGAUGGCAGUAGAUACUAAAUUUUUUGAUCAAAAAGUCUUGUGGUAGCUGUAAAUACAGCUUCUGAAGAAGUGUGCAUGCACAUGAAAGCUUAUACCAAAACCAAACUUAGUUGGUCUCUAAGGUGCUACAGGACAAUUUUCUUAUAUAUUUUGACUGUGUCAGACCAACACAGCUACCUACCUGAAUGUGAAUACAUAGUUUUUAGAAAUAGACAGACUUUGGCUUUUAAUUUCAGAAGGAAACAAUAACCUUUACUAGACUUCUUUUAACUUUUCCCUCCAAGCCAUAAGUUCUAUUUCAUUGUUUUUCUAGCAUAGGCACCUGAAAGGGAAACAACUGGUAGAUACGGAAAUGUAUAUAUAAAGAAAUGCACAUUGAUUCAAAUUUUACCCUUGGUUUCUCUACACAUAAAUAUUUUUUAGUACAGUUCUAAUAAUUUUAAUGUAACCACAGUUGGAAAAAUGAAAAGUCUUCACUUCUAGUGACCUGCUUUCUGUAUUCUACAGAUUCAUGUUAAAUACUGUCUUGGUGUGCUCAACCCAACUGAAAUUAUUUGCAUUACAUUUCUUCUGCAUGUAGCUGAAAUACGUUGUAGCUUAAAUAUGAAUAAGCUGCAUUACCUUCUGGAUUUGCAGUUCUUUAUAUAUUUCCACUAACCCAAUUUCAUCAUGAGGAAAAGAGAAAAAGUUGUAAUGCUCUAUUUUCUACUUAGUAUUUACUGGGAUGUGGGACUCCCUGCUUCAUGCUAAACUCCCUCAGGGGAAAGGGGUUGGGGGCAGCAUGCCCAAAGUAGGGACCAGCACCCAAAGUGUCCCAAGGCCAAAAUGUAUACACAAACUCAACCCCAUUCUCUCUUUCCACGCUGAUUGGCUUGCACUGAGAAAGAGUUCCCCAGAUAGGGCAAGUAGCGAUUUAGCAUCUACACUUAGGGCUCCCCUUUCUCAGUGGAUGUUGUAUGAUAAGAGGCCUGGCAGACAGCUUCACGCUGCUGGUGUAUACACUAAAAGUAUUUUCUGUUUAUAGAUAUUAACUGCUGUAGACACUGGUGAAAAAAAAAAUUACAACCUGAUCUCAACUUCAUGCAUUUUCCCCCUCUCUUCUAGGUUCUUGGGGUAUCAAUGUUUUAAUUCCAGUACAACCGAUAACACCAUGCUGAAGUUGUUUUCUAAUGUGGAAGAGAUUUUUAAAAUAAAAAACAUGUGGUAGAUACAGCGAUAUUCUAAAUAAGAUUUUUUUCUCUAAGGAGAAUGAUGUGCUUACAAGAUCCAGUACAUUUAAGAGGCAGUUUUGUUUGCCUGAAACAUAAAGGACAAGUAAACAACUUGAGGAUAAGCUACAGUUUCUGUUGGCAAACCAGUAUUUUAUUUAUGUAAUAUUAGUUUAUUUCCAAAUCAUAGUAAAUAAUCACUUUUUUGAAAUUCGUAGCUGUUGGAUAGGGGCUUGGUGCAUUUUCAAGCCCUCCUCUUUAUGAUUUUUCUGAUAGAAUUCAAAUAAUCAUGAUUUAUUCUAGAUUACUGUUGAAAUUAAGAGCUGAAAUGAUGGGAUGGUUCAGAGAAUCAUUGAAUUGUUGGAAGGGACUUGAAGCAUUUUCAGCGAGAUGCUAUAAAUUUUGGUCAACUGAAGCAUUGGUUAACUUACAAUAAUCAUAGAGAGAAAUAAACUUACAAGCUGAUUGUUUUACUCAAAAGCUAUUUUAGGACUUAAAAUGCCCAAGCCUCCCAAAACUUGCUUAUUGCAUAUUCAUGAAAUAUUCAGAAACCAUAAACUGCCAGAAAGCACUGAGAUCAAUCCUGCUUACCCAUUUAUGACCCUGAGAGUUUGCUUGUCCUUUAAGAAAAAUGUAAUGUUGUGAAAUUCCUUCCAGUAGUGCCACUGUAUUUUGUCUCCAAAUAAAGAAGCUUAUUGUAGUAUGUUUGCAGAAAAAAAAAUCUAAACAAAAAAUAUACAGCUUAUUAGAGUGUGGGAAUAGGGGUCUAAAUUCUAAAUAAAAUAAAUAUAUAUAUAUAAAUAUACAUACAUAUAUAUAUAUAUAUAUAUAAAUUGGUGCUGAUUUUAUAAUUGCGCAGUUUGUUUAGUUUUUUCUUACUUUUAAAUUCCAACUUAAAAAUUAUGAGGUUUCAGAAAUAUAUUGAAAGUUUAACAAUGUUUAAAAAUAGAUGAGCAUGAAAACUCAUGCUUUAAAAAUGAUUUUUAAUUUUGUAUUUUAUAUUGGUUUAUCUAUCUCUGUCUUUGCAAGCAGUCUUCAGGUUAAUACUUCUAACAGGUUACAGUACAUUUCCUCUGUAUGUAAAUUAAAUUGGAUAAUAGAAUUCAUCAAUUCCCCCCAUAAUAUUCUUUGAAAGCUAAGCUUUAAAUUUCUUUCAUGACUUUUUCACAAUUAAAUUUAACCAUUCUAAAUAAAAACAUGGAUCUAUGCCAUGUUGACAUCAACUCACUGCAAGGCUUAGGCAGCUACACAUCACUUUAAAGGAAAUGUUAACUUAUAUUACAUAUGUAUAUUUUUUGUCAGUUGUCUCUCAGCUCUUGAGGUAUAUAAUUUCUAAUCAUUCCAUGCGCCUUAAAAUGCUUGCAAUACAAUAACUUCCUCAGAUAAGCAAAUAUUUUUAAAAAGGCCUCUUAUUCAUUCAAAAAAUCAAAUUGUGGGCUGUGGUAGCCAUAAACCAUAGGUUUUCUAAAGUAUCGUGAUGACAUAAUUAUUUUGAAAAAUCAUGGGUUAAUGAACACACAGAGCCAAUCUGCCUAGCUUCAUACUAUCAUGUCUAAAAACGUACUGCCUAUAUUUCCCCCCUUCUCCACACCACUGCAUUUAAAUAGAACUGCUGAAAGGACUGUAUAUAUGAUUUAAACUUAAGCUGAUUUUUUUCUUACUCUUGAAGGAGUGUUUCUUUGUGAAAGCAGUUCUUACAGCUUUAUGUUUUCAAACUAAAAAUGUUUUAUAUAUUUACCUUAACCUGUUGUCCUCCACAUUCUAUUGUCCUAAUUGUACUGUUUUCUGAUUUGUAUUUAUGUCUUGAGACAAGUAACUUUUUGAAUAAAAAUAAACCUACAGUAUGUUGUAAGUUUGAUCUUUUUGAAUCAAGGGUAGAGGAGAAAAUAAAAAAGAGUAUGAAUGGUGCAAAUGUUAUGUUUAUAAAAAUUAAAGCUUUUUCCAUGUCUUUUGCUUUUUUGUCUCAGAAUUGGGAUAAUGUAUGGAAAAUGCACUGUUUUAUAUUUGUAAUAAAUUGUACAAGUUUUUAAAAUGUGAAUAAAGCACUAAUUGGGUUAAUAAUUUAAAGUAGAGAUGUUAUGCAAUGAUGAUUGGUGUAAACAUUUCUUUAACUGAAGAUAAGUUUGUGUCUCCUCCCCACCCCCCAUUCUCCUACCUGCCCGAAUUGUAAUUGUAUUUAUCAAGCUCAUCAAGAGAAAAGAAUUUUUAGGGAUAUAAGCUGUUCACUGGUGUUCAUUAAAGUUGUUGAAAGUCCAAGCUCUGCAGAA